AUGAGCGAGCUCCGGCAGAGGCCGGGCCGGGAUGCCGACGGGCAGCAGCAGGACUCGGAGGGGAAGGUGAGCGGGCGGCGGCGCGGCGGCAGUGGGUGGGACGCGCUUCUGCAUAGGAUCCCGGCCGCGCACGGGGCCGCUUACUAAGCUUGCACGAGUAGCCUCCGGGGGUGCAGCGCUGACGCGUGUCUCGUGGGGAGGGGAGAGCUACCUCCUCGCGGAGGGGGCGCUGCUCCUGCUUCCUAUUGUUGCAAUGCUGAGGAGUUGUUUUGUAACGAGGAGGGCCGGGGGUCCUUCCUUCCUGCCCGCUUCUCCCCUCGGGAAUGCUUAUAAAUAAGUUUAAAAAUAACGUGCGUAGGAUAUAACGGAUGCUUUAGCCUUCAUCGUGCUUCCGAGAUCGGUGUCCCCGGGGGUGGGGGAGGGCCGUGCAAACAGGCGUGCCUUCGGUUUGUUGGAGCUGCUGUGCAAUGUGACAAACGCCAAGCCCCUUGGAAGCUGCUGCUCUCGCCAAACUUGUGUCAAGGCCUCGAAGAAAACUUGAUUAUAUAUAUAUAUAUGUGCAUGCAAAAAGGAUCUGAAUUUUUCCUUGUUUCCACUACCCCAGGAGCUUCUCUGUUUACAGUUCAUGAGGGCUAGAAACAUGGAGAGCUCAAAUGCACGUUGUUCCAUUUUGAGGUGAAGUUUUCAUGCCACAUGCCAUGAACCAAUGCGACAUAUUGGGAAAUUUAAAUGUCUGAGCAGCGUGUGGUCAUCUGUGUGUUUUGCUCAAAAUUUGCUGUGCUUUCAGUUCCCAUUUCUAACCUGUUCAUGGUUUAAAUGGUUUUAGAGGGCAAGGUGUUUGAGGGCAAGGUGGUAUAUAAACACAAUAUAUACAUGCACAAUAUAUAUAUAGUGUUUAUGUACCACCUUCUUGCUUCCAAGAAGCUCAAGGCGGAGUGCGUCGUUGGCCUCAUCACAACAACCCUGUGAAGUAGGUCAGGAUGAGAGCCAGCUACUGGCUCAAGGUCACCCAGUGAGCUUCAUGGUUGAGUGGGGAUUUGAACCCAUGGUCCCAGGGCCUAGUCCAGCACUCUUAAGCACUACUGGUUUUAUAUUGAGUCAGACUUCCAGCACAUUAUCAUCUACACCGCCAAUUCUCAAACUCCACAGUUUCAGAAACCACUCACUGAACAUUUUUUUCCCUUCACUGCUGGCAUCAUGGCCUAAAAGUGCCAUUUUAGGAGAGUCACAGACUCUAGAGCUGGUUGCUAGGAAGAGCCCCUUUUAAAUGGUCGGCCUUUGGCAGUGGCGGGAAAACAUCACCAGCGGCAUACUAUGAAAAUUAUGGCCCCUAACUGGGAGAUUGUUAGCGUAUUUAGUAAACUGGUCUGGUGAAGAUGGCUUUUAUGUCAGUCGUCAGGAAAACACAUCAACUGUAGGGCCAACUAGAGAUGUUCCUGACAAACCCACAACUUUUUCGUGGCCUAAAUGGAAAUCCUAGGCCUGUUUAAGAAUCCUGUUUAUGAACACCUCAGCUUUCUAAAGAGGGGUUACCACCCCUCCACUAGGUCACAGCUUGACUUGUGGUGUAAGAAGUGAGUCCAAGGGCUAAAGGUCUGGUCUGAAACGUGUGACUCCAAGGACUGGCCUUGCUCUUCUAGGGGCUCUUCUAGGAGAGGCUUGCCUGGAGAUGCUGGUGGCUCUAGUGUACAGUGGUACCUCGGUUUAAGAAUGAUUUGGUUUACAAACUCCACAAAACCAGAAGUAGUGUCCCGGUUUGCGAACUUUACCUCGGUCUAAGAACAGAAUCGUAACGGUGGAAGGGCACUGGUGGCGGGAGGCCUCAUUAGGGAAAACACACCUCGGUUUAAGAACGGUUUUGGUUUAAGAACGGACUUCCGGAACAGAUUCAGUUGGGACUCUUGCAUUUUUUUUACCACUGAGGCUGCAUACCUUUAAAGCGCGCGCACACACACACACACACACACACACACACACACACUGCAGCUGCAAGGAAUUCUGGCCACUGUAGUUUGCUAAGGGUUGCUGGGAGUAGUAGCUCUGCUCACAAUUCUCUGAGGGAAAGAAUGUGAUGUAAAAGUUAUCGUGUGAUUGCAGCCUGAGCCAGAGGCCUCCCUUCCCUGCAGUCCUAUGAAGAGUAAUCUACAUUGAUUGCUGUGAUUUAUUCAGAGUAAACAUGCGUAGGACUGGACAUAAUGGGUUGUAUCCAGCGCUAGUCCUACUCAGAAUAGACCUGUUGAAGCUAAUGGAUGUGACUGAGUUUAUGUUCAGUGGUUUUGAGUUGCCUACUCUGAGUAGGACUAGCGUUGGAUACAAGCCUGUGUCUUGAUUCCUCCCCUGGCUGUGGAUGCUCUUUGCUCAAGGCCGGCCUUACCUGCAAGGUUGCAAGUAACCCAACUGCACCAGUGCAGCCAAGAAGUGUGUGAUCCCGAGCAAGCAAUGAGGGACAUAGGUAAAGCAGUGGUAUUAUUUAUGACUAUUUAUUGCCUUUAUAUCCCACCUUUUCCAUCCAAGGUUCUCAAGGUGGCAUAUGUAGUUCUCCCCCAUGUCAUUUAAUCACCACAACAACCCUGUGAGGUAGGUUGGGCUGGGAGGCAGUGACUGGCCCAAGGUCACCCAGGGAGCUUCAUGGCUCAGUGGGGAUUUGAACCCAGGUCUCCCAGAUCCUAGCCUGGUACUCUAACCACUGCACCAUACUGCCAUUCAGCAUCUAAUUAACAAUGCCAUGAUUGGGAGACACACAUGCACCAUUUAACCCACAAAAGGGUGUGCGCUGGGUUAUUGUAAGAAUUACAAGCUGCUGAGUACUAAAUGCUUUGAACUCCCUAAUGCACUGCCUAAGUGCUUAUUAUUCUGCAUUGGGGAUAAACUUGAAAUGGCAGUUCAUGGGGUGCAGGACCUCAAACGUUCCACACAGCUUGCAGGAAGGCCUUGGGUAGCUCAUUCACCACCUUCUGGCUUUUUUUCUCACCUAGUGCUGUUCAGGUGAACAAGAAUGCUGCCUGCCUUGCGCCUCUGGGAAUGAAAGGGAGACCGUGUGAAAUGUUGGUUAACAGUAAAGUUCUGCAAACAUUUUCAGGUCUGAGGUGUGCCUCAUCUUUUCCAAACUCGGCUGUGAAUCUUAGCGAGCAGAAGCCGAACAUCAACUUGCUUAACUAUAAGAAAAGUGUUUCUGGUGCAGUUUAAGGUCUGGUUUGGUGGAAGAGACUCUGCUGCUGCUCUGGUACAGUGUGAUGUCCAGAACACAGAUGUAUGUGAGGCCACAGGUAGACCAACCACAGGAUUCAACCAGGGCUGGUUUGAGGGCAAGCUGUCUGUUUGCACUGGGCUCUCCUCUGUUCAGGGGAGCGAGCUGAGUGCCUGGUGAUCUGAGAGGUGCUGCUUUUGGAAUGAAACUCUGCGUCUCCUCCCUACUGGCCUGCUGGGCAACAGUUGGAAGUUAUAUUCCAGCCUUCAUGCAGCGCAGAGUUAAGAUAUAGAAGUCUCUCCAAUGGGAGGCAGUGAUGGCCACCAACCCAAGAUGGUUUUAAAAGAGGAUUGGACAAAUUCACGAGGAGAGGGCUAUUGGUGACUACUAACCAUGAUCAAAUCCCCGCGACGGGGUGAGCUCCCAUUGCUCAGUCCCUGCUCCUGCCAACCUAGCAGUUCAAAAGCACAUCAAAGUGCAAGUAGAUAAAUAGGUACCACUCUGGCGGGAAGUUAAACGGCGUUUCUGUGCACUGCUCUGGUUUGCCAGAAGCAGCUUAGUCCUGCUGGCCACAUGACCCAGAAGCUGAACGCCCCCUUGGCUAGUAAAGCGAGAUGAGCGCUGCAACCCCAGAGUCCGCCACGACUGGACCUAAUGGUCAGGGGUCCCUUUACCUUUAACCAUGAUCGCUACGGUCUGCCUCCACAGUCAGAGGCAGUAGUGCUUCUGAACAGCAGUUGCUGGAAACCACAGGAGGGAAGAGUUGCUCUUGUACUCAGAACCUGUUUUUGGGUUUCCCAUUGAGGUAUCUGAUUGGCCACUGUGAGAAUAGGAUGCUGGCCUGGACGGGUCGUUGUCCUGAUCCAACUUCCUUGGCAUAUCAGUGGAUACAGAAAGAAUCCAUUGAAAGUGGAAAAUCUGAAAUCUGUGGUAGCUCAGGACGGAAUAGCAAAAACAAGCUAAGCAAACGCAUGGCUUAUGCAUUGUUAGUUUUAAGUUAUUUUGGGGAAAGCUAUGCCCUAUAAAGGCCAGCUUUUUCUAACAGGAGGUCAGAUGCUACGUUACUCAAAGUUCGCAGCAGUCCAUCUUGAAUAAAAUCAACUGCCUGUAGCUGGCAAGCUAAAUAUUUUCCUCUUCUCUCUCUCUCUUUAAAAAAGCAUAGCAGUUUGUCCACAAACAUACUGCAGGUUACUAAAGCCCAAGUAGGUGGAGGAUCUGCACCAGACAUCCUUCCAGUUAAGUCAAUCUCAGUAGCAGUAAAUUUUUGCCAAAGCAUUAUAACUUAAAUCAUAGGGCAUCAGUAAAGCGGUUGUUUUAAUUCCAUCAGUUGUGAAACUGCUUUUUAAUAAGAAUAAAAAACAGACCUCUGGGUUGUAUCCAAAUGAAUUACUGUAUACUCGGAGCAGACCCACUGAAUUUAGCUGUGUCUGUUAACUUAAAUGAGCUUACUCUGAGUAGGACUUGCAUUGACCACCCCCCUUCUCUCUCUCUCUCUCUCUCUCUCUCUCUCUCUCUUUCCUUUAAAGAAUAGCAAUGAUGAGCUCGAAGUCAGCAAACGUUGAGUCAUCAUUUAACUUUGCACAAGCUGCCAAGUGCCAAAGCUGGUCUUAGCAAUGCCAUCACGAGAAGAUGUCACAGUAACAUUGUUAAUUGCCAGACUGUGUGAUUUUAUAAGCUGCAUAUGUGCACCUAAAUUGGGAAACAAAACCCCUCUGCGCUUGCUAGAACUUAUGCCCAAGUAAACAUGUGUAGGGCAGAAGCAUAAAGGGAUUUGAGUAUCAUUUUCUGCAAUUCCUGGCAUGUCUUGGAGCCAGAGAUUGUGAAGUAGCCAGCCCCACAUGACCCACAGGCUCAGACCCCCAACUUCACAGGCAAUUAAUUCACUGGUUCCAACUGGGGCAGGGGGAGGACUAACAUAAGACUGGUCUUAAAAGACCUACAUUGGCUCCCAGUAUGUUUCCGAGCACAAUUCAAAGUGUUGGUGCUGACUUUUAAAGCCCUGUUUAGGGAAGGCAGCCCUGUUUAGGAAAGCUUUUAAUGUUUGAUGCAUUAGGGAAUUUUAAUAUUUUGUCGGAAGCCGCCCAGAGUGGCUGGGGAAGCCCUGCCAGAUGGGUGGGAUAUAAAUAAAUUGUUGUUAUUGUUAUUAUUAUUGUUAUUAUUAUUACUAAUCAUCCUCUCUUGGCAUCCACCUGCCUUGAGGGACAACAGAGUCUUGGGCACGCUGCUUGCUCAGGGUUUAACAAAUCUUGUUUUGCUCUAAGAUUGGCUUACUCGGGUUCUGCCAUUCUAAUCUGCUUUGCGGCCAACUAAAAUUAGCCAGGUUUAAACUGAAAUAAGGAUGACAACUUGCGAAAAGAAGUGUCCAUGCGGUGAGCUUUUGUGCCUCUGUUUAUGGGCUGGUGUGCACAAGAUGUUUGGGGUCGGAUGGGGCACUUCAGAGGCAAUAUAUGGAGUGCUCUGCGGCCGUUCACAUUCGCUCCAAAAGGGUUCAAACCAGCACAGUGCCUUAAGGAUUGUGCAAAUUGCCCUCUCAAAACCACAGGCUUUAUGAAGCAUUAUGAGCAGGGCUUGGGGCAAAAGUGUGGGUUCCACCAAGCCCUGUUGAGGCUUUGAGAUGCCCCACUGACUACCUCCUUCCAAGGAGCCUGUACUCCGGCUGGUGUGAGUGGCAAGAAGGGCAGCUCCAGUAAUUGCAGGAGCUUAUCUUCUUGGGUACAGAUUAGAAUAGCUUGUCCUGUUCUUCCUGAAAGACGCACUCUGCGGAGGCAGCUGAGAGCAGAAUCAGCCCAGGUGGCUACAAGAUUGGCCAUUAGUCUAGGCUGCAAAUCCUAAGAUUUUGGAAUAUGCAAGGUGGUUGGUUUCAAGGCCCGGAAGGCUGUUUCCCGCAACAAAGACCUCUUGAGCUUGCACUUCUUCCCUGUGGGGCAUCAGAAAACGUCUCCAUCCAUUGGUGGAGUGCUUGCACCCCAUUAACAUCUCCCCCUUUGGAAAUUUGUUGGCUCUGCUUCACGCUGGUGUCUCCUUGGCCUUGCAGCUGGGUAAAGGCAAACAGGACAUUGCAUACACACCCCAGACAGGCUUUGGAGUCUCCCCGUGGAAAUGGCACAGAGUAGAUUUCUCCAGGGGAACAGCAGCUCAGCAGACUUGGGCUUCAAGGACCCUGAGGCAGGAGACCCUUUGGGGGUGGGAGCUAUUCCUCUUGCUCCCUUUACAACUCUCUGCACAGAAUCACUGGUGGGGUGGAUCUCUGUAGUAACAGCACCAUCCACAUUCAAGGCACAUCUUCUGGCCACAAGCCCCCCUCCCUCCUUGCCAAACCUUGACAGGGAGCUUAGAAGAGGAGGGGAGGAAGAGACAAGGUUAAUGAGGGCUGCAAACAGAGUUACUUGUCCGGAGACUUAUUUUAAUCUGAGGAUGUAGGGACAGGCUCUCAGCGGGCAUUAAAAUCUCCAUACUUCUUUUUAAGGUUGCUGUAAACCGCUUUGCUCUUUAGACAUGUUCUAUGUAUGUAAUUACAAGGGACGCGGGUGGCGCUGUGGGUUAAACCACAGAGCCUAGGGCUUCCUGAUCGGAAGGUCGGCAGUUCGAAUCCCCGCAAUGGGGUGAGCUCCCGUUGCUCGGUCCCUGCUCCUGCCCACCUAGCAGUUCGAAAGCACGUCAGAGUGCAAGUAGAUAAAUAGGUACCGCUCUCGCGGGAAGGUAAACGGUGUUUCCAUACACUGCUCUGGUUCGUCAUGCUGGCCACAUGACCCGGAAGCUGUACGCCGGCUCCCUCGGCCAGUAAAGUGAAACGAGCCCUGCAACCCCAGAGUCGGCCACAACUGGACCUAAUGGUCAGGGGUCCCUUUACCUUUAUGUAUGUAAUCAACGUGUUAGCUGCUGAUAAAAGGCCUUGUAAGCUGGUCGUUUUCCCUGAUCUCUUCUCUCUUUGCAGCAGUCUGCAUCUGCCCCUCUAGUUCAGACUUUCUGUUUAGCUUCUGCAGUCAGAAUUGGUAAGGAACACGUUUCCUUUUAAGGGCUUGUGCUUUUGCUCCUGAUCUUGUGUUUGUGAAAAUAAAGCCAGGAGCUCGAGUCUUCCUUCCACUGUCCUUAUAGGCUACCAAUGUCGUGAGUUUCUGCACACAAUGAAAGGAUGCGCGUCAGGCGUGGUGCAGCAAAAAUGGAAAUGAUUAUCUGUCUCUGUAUGUCGCCCACCUCCACUUGUUAGACAAGGGGGCAGGCGGUAGUCAGAAAGCAGAUGUGCCAAGCCUGGGCAUCCAUGCGGCACUUGGCUUUUCGUGGUCCUGGCUUGCUUGAAGCAAGCUUUCCAGAAAGGCUCUCUCUCUAUUGGGGAAGGCUGCUUUAGAUGGUGGUGAUUUAUUUAUUUUUUGCUAUAUUUAUCACCUGCUUGUCGUUGAAUAUUUUCAGUGGCAAACAAAGUAAUAAAAAGAAACAGAAAAGCAACAAUUUUUUUUAAAAAAAAACGCGGAAUAAUAUAAGGCAGUCCAAUAAACAAGGAAUUAACCAUUCUGUCGCAAGGCAAACAUACGUGGUGGCGAUGUGCCUGUGUUGCAGUUCAUAAUCAAAGCUUCCAACGUGUCCAGAAUUGAGUAACAGCUUUCAAAGGUCUACAGGAUUGGCUUUUGAGUCGCUAUACCCGUGCCUCUGAUGAGAUAAGCAAGUCACUGGGUUAUCUUUUUUUUUGUUUUCUUUGAGCUGAUGGGAACUGCCGUCGAAAAGGUUUGGUUGACCCGGGCACCCAGGGUGGCAAAGCCUGGCCUGUGGACGUCUCUGAGCUGUUAAAAGGAGUGUGAGAGCUUGCAGUGCAAUAAAAACAAACUGCUGGGAGAAUAAUAAUAAUAAUAAUAAUAAUAAUAAUAAUAAUAAUUUUUUAUUUAUACUCCACCCUCCCCAGCCAAGACCGGGCUCAGGGCUACUAACAACCAAUAAUAAAAACAAGUUGAUUAAAAUACAAUUUAAAAGGUUAAGAUACAACAUUAAAACAUUAGGAUGCAGCCUCUUCACAGGAGGAGAAAGGAAAAAGAAAGAGGGGGAGGGAAUCAAACUGAUUCUAAGCCCAAAGGCUAGGUGGAACAACUCUGUCUUACAGGCCUUGCGGAAAGAAAUCAGAUCCUGCAGGGCCCUGGUCUCAUGAGGCAGAGAGUUCCACCAGGCCGGAGCCAGUGUUGAAAAGGCCCUGGCUCUGGUUGAGGCUAAUCUGACUUCCUUAGGGCCCGGGACCACUAGGGUGUUGCGAUUUAUGGACCUUAAGGUCCUCCAGGGCGCAUACCAGGAGAGGCAAAUCUUCAGUGUAUUCUUCCUUAGUAUAGCAAUGAAAGCAGCCUCAGUAUAUCCAUCUUGAAGCUGCUAGACUCAAGGUGCCCAGCAUGAUACUCUCCAUACUCCUGCCCCGUCCUCCCUGACCAUUGGCCAUGCUGGACGGGAACUGCAGUGUCUGGGGAGCCCCACACUGGCUCUCCCUGUUCUAAAUGGUCCCAUAAAUAUCCCCACCAGUGGCAAGUGUCGAUCCUGGCCCUGCCAAGCCCCCAGCUCCUGGUGGAGUACAGGGUCAGGUUUAAGGGGCUGGUUUUGACCUUUAAAGCCCUAUGCAGCCUAGGACCCACGUAUCUACGGGACCGCCUCUCCUGGUAUGCCCCGCGAAGGACCUUAAGGUCCACAAAUGACAACAUUUUGGAGGUCCCAAGUCGCAAGGUGGUUAGGUUGGUCUCAACUAGGGCCAGGGCCUUUUCAGUACUGGCCCCGACUUGGUGGAACGCUCUGUCACAAGAGACCAGGGCCCUGCAGGACUUGACAUCUUUCCGCGAGGCCUGCAAGACAGAGCUGUUCCGCCUGGCCUUUGGUUUGGACUCAGUCUGACCCUUAUGUUUCCCUCCCCUUAUGGUUUUGACUUUUAAAAUGAGGCCUCAUUUUAACCUGUAUUUUAAAUUGUUUUUAUUCUUUUUUUCUUAUUAUGUUUUUACUGAAAUUUUAUUGGUGUUAGCCGCCCUGAGCCCGGCUCUGGCCAGGGAGGACGGGGUAUAAAUAAAAUUUAUUAUUAUUAUUAUUAUUAUUAUUAUUAUUAUUUAUUAUCCUGCUGGGCUUUUUGCUGAUGAGGCAAGGUGCACCUCAACGAACUAGCCUUACAGAGGUGUUGAAUCACAAGUUCCUAAUGUUUUGCACAGGCCUUGUUUUUCAAAAGCAUGGCAGGCGGGAGAAAAGAGGAGUCCAUUCUUUCCGAGGUUCUGAGUUCACGCAGCUCCCCUGGAAUUUUGCUGAAGACUGCGGAAGCAAUUGAGCUUUCAAGCUCUCUUUUUUAGCGAUUGUGAAAUGGCUAGAGGCAAUGGUUUUAGGGUAGUUACGGUUUCCUAGUUCAGUGCAACCACUUGAGACUGCACUGGAGUGUCAGGCUGCCUUGCAUGACUUAAAUAUUGCUCCAUAGCUAAGUAAAUAAAGCAAUCCCUUGCACACGAAGAGCUAGCUUGUCAGGGUCCUUGGCUAGCCUGUUCCCUGAUGUGUUCAUUUUCUGCAAGCAGGGAGUGCUUCUUGUGUUGCGCAACAAUCCUUGCUGUGAGCCCUGAGGAGGCACAGCCCAGGUGGGCUGCCUUGGGGAGAACUUGGCUUGUGUCACCUGCUGCUCUGAGUAGGUCUACAGGUGGAUGCUCAACCCGGUUCACCAACCUCACCAUGGCAAGUGCUUUUUACCAGCUUUUCCUGGUUCGGCAACUAUGGCCAUUGCAGGCCAUGUGUUGAUAACUUCGAAGAUGGAUUGCUGCAGUGUGCUCCAAGUGGGGCUGCCCUUGGUUCUUGUUUGAAAGCUCCAGGUGGUGCAGAAUGUGGUGGUGGCCAGGUUGCUGAUCAGAGCUUCUGGCUGAGAACAUGUGGCACUCUUGCUGAAGCAUCUGCACUGGCUGCUCAUCUUCUGUUGAGCCAGGUUCGUGGUCCUUGCAUUAAUUUACAAAGCCCUGAACAACGAGUCCAGGGCACCUCAGGGAUCUCCUCAUAUCACAGCUCAAUCACAGAUCAUCUGCAGGAGCGUUGUUCAUUGUUCCCAGAGUCUGUGAGGCUCCUUUCACAGCAAGAGAGGGAGCCUUAAGCCAGCGCUACCGUCCCUGUCCUGUGGAACACUCUGCAGCUAGAGAUUCAGCAGGCGCCUUUUCUGCAAACUUCUAUUUUAUUUUUUUAUAAGAUAUUUAUUAAAAUUUUCAAUGUUUUACAAAACACACAAAGAAAAAGAAAAAAAAAGAAUAAAAAAGAAAAUACAUAGUAAAAAUAUUUAAAAACAAUUCUUUCCUUCCAUUACUUAACCUUCAUUUACUUAUUUCCAGGACCUCCUCACACCUUCCUUUUUUGUAUUCCAGUUCAAUUAUUUUGUUCAGCAAAUCCCUCCCCUCUUUUAAUAUCCUAAUCAUUAAUCAUAAAAAUGUUGUAAUUUUAGAUUUUUACAUAUUACAUAAUAAACCCUUUUUUCAUCUUCCCUUGUAGCCUUUCAGCUAGAGACCACUUAGUUUCUAUCCAGCAUCAUUCUAACAUUCAUUAAUUUUACAAUAUUUCUGUAAAUAAUCUUUAAACUUUUUCCAAUCUUCCUCCAUCGACUCUUCUCCCUGGUCUCGGAUUCUGCCAGUCAUUUCUGCCAGUUCCAUAUAGUCCAUUUUCUGCCAACUUCUAAAUGCCUGCUGAAAAUCUUCCUAUUUAAUCAGGCCUAUGCUGGUAAUCCGAGAGCGAAUCUUUCCACAGUGGUUAAUUGAUGCUUGUUUUAAACUUUUUUAAUGGGUUUUAUUGUACAGUUUUGUUUUAUUGUUGUAAACCACAUUGAUGUAGGUUUUAUGACAUGGUGGUAAAAUUUAAAAAAUAAUAAUACAUAAAUGAUCUGGCCAGGGUGAUGAGUACCGUCGUGCCUUUUUCUCUUUGGCUUUGCUGCCAUUUAGAGGCUCCUCCUGUAUGAAACAUCUGUAUCCACCUCCGAACUUGGGGUUUCUGUUUGGGCUGUAGGUUUUAGCGUUGCCUUAAGGGUAAAGGGACCCCUGGCCUUUAGGUCCAGUUGUGACCGACUCUGGGGUUGCGGCACUCAUCUCGCUUUAUUGGCCGAGGGAGCCGGCGUACAGCUUCCGGGUCAUGUGGCCAGCAUGACUAAGCCGCUUCUGGUGAACCAGAGCAGCGCAUGAAAACGCCAUUUACCUUCCCGCCAGAGCGGUACUUAUUUAUCUACUUGCACUUUGACGUGCUUUCGAACUGCUAGGUUGGCAGGAGCAGGGACCGAGCAACGGGAGCUCACCCCAUCGUGGGGAUUCGAACCGCCGACCUUCUGAUCAGCAAGUCCUAGGCUCUGUGGUUUAACCUACAGCACCACCCACGUCCCUUUAGCUUUGCCUUACUGGGGUUUAACUUGGAGGAAGCAUGAUGUGUUUCUCCCCAGUUUCUCUCUCUCUCUUUCUCUUUCUCUUUCUCUCUCUCUCUCAUUGCCUGCAAUAGGAUUUCACUUAUUUUGACCUGCAUGUGGCUUUUAGUUUUUCAAUGCUGCAUUCACCUCCAUCUGCAAGAAAGGAGCUCUUCCAGGUGCUGUUGUUCUACAGCAGGAGUGGCAAAUGAGUGAGGCCCUUCAGAGGUUUCUGGGUUCUAUCUUGCAUCAGUCCCAGACAGAAAAGUCAGGGGGUGAAGGGAGUUGUAGCCUCCCUCUCUCUCAACACUGGAACUCGCGGACAACCGGGGGGCCACUAGGGGGCGCAUUGGAAGAUGGCCGACACUACCAUCUCUCCGACCCACACGGGGUAAUUAAGAGGCUGUUAUGGGAGUAGGCAGCCUCCCUUGUUGCCCCAAGGAAAUGGGGAACACUGCCCUUGCCUGCUGUGCCCAUAAAUCACCCCCUAAUUCGAAAGAAGGGGGUGAGGGCCCUAGGCAGAAUGCCCCCGUGUGGACCUCAGCUCUCCUGGACGCUGUCUCUCAUCGCGCACUAGCUGCAGCAAUUUGGAAUAAUUAAUUACAAAAGAAGCAAAUGCACAUAUUUCAAGUGAAGAAGGCGAGUGAAGUCAGAUAAAUUAAGUGACCUCUGCGAAAGAAGACGACGGGCUGGAGAAACAGGAAUAUUUUACGAUGAAGAUACACCAAAGGCGGGGUAUGUUGACAACGGGGCUGAAUGGGGGGGGGGGGACCUUUUUUACUUUCCUUCUAUGUGAUUUACAAGAACCCCUCCUCAUUAGAACCGUUGGUUAAACUGACCCAAGCAGGAUGAUUAAGGUCUGUGUGGAGAUAAACUUUAACCAAAAGUAUGCUUUAUGGAGACCGAGAAGCAAUAAGAGCUUUUGGGAAUGGCACAGCAAUUAAUUCGGAGUCGCCAUCUUGCCAAAGGAUUUAUAGCCGGGAGGAAGAAUGGGUUUGUUUUCAGACUGCAUUCCUAGUGAAUCUCCUCAGAGGUUUUGAGAAAGGAGGCAGAUUGGUGAAGAUUAAUGAUGCUAAGACUGUUUUGAUGUAUGGAAGUGAUGUUAUAUGGAAAACGUCUGGAUAUGGCUACUGGAUAAAAAAAUUAAUAUCCACGCAGGAUUACAAACUGUUCUAACCAGCUUGCGGAGACUAUCAGAGGUCACAAAGAGAAAGGAAAAUAUAUGAAAAUAACAACAAGAGAUGUGGAAAGAUAAUAAGAAAGGACUGGAUAGUACUGUGAACAUCAUAAGGUUAGAUUUGUGGACAUUAAAACAGCAGUAAGAAGCAAGAAGUUGAUUGGAUCCCUUCGGAACUUGAAAUAUGGGUACCCCCAACAAAAAUUUAAAAUUCGGCUGUGUAAUUUGGAAUUUAUGUAAUUUGGUUUGAUUUGAUGUGAUUGGUCGGUUAAUAAAAAAUUAUUCUUAAAAAAAAAAAAAGGAACUCGCGGACAACCAAUGAAACUGAACGCUGGAAGAUUCAGGAGAGAUGAAAGGAAGCCGUUUCUGCAGUGCAUAGUUAAACUAUGGAACUUUCCCCUGCAGGAAGCAGCGAUGGCCACCAACUUGGUGUUAGGAUAUAGUUCUGUUCCACCUUAAAAGGGUACAGGCAUGACUAUUGUGUGUCACAUGCCUGUUUACUUCCAGCACAGAUCUGCUGGGAUCUUCCGUUUGUGUUGCUGCUGUUUUGCUGGAGACGAAGGGAAGCAGACAUGUUUUCCUCUGUUCCUGAACUAUGCUGAAUAAAAUGCUGUACAUUAUGCUUACACAUUUCUCUGUCCGCCUCUUCUGCUGUGAGAAGAUUUACACACUCUGCUGACAGAGCGUGCACAUGUCUCUAAAAGUAUCAGAGGCUCAUGUCACUGAUUGAUGUUUUCCAAGGGAGACUGGUGAUCGUCCGGCUGCUGGCUAGUGGCUGGAGCCAGCUGUGGGCCUGCCUGAUGCCCCCGUCUCCCUGUCAGUAUCCCAACACUUGGAUGGCUUUACUAGAGGAUUGGCCCAAUUCAAGGAGGAGGAGCAGGCUAUCGAUGGCUACUAGCCACAAUAGCGAUGCUCUGCCUUCAUGGUCAGAGGCAUCAAUGCUUCUGAAUACCAGUUGCUGGAAACAGCAGGAGGGAAGAGUUGCUCUUGUGUUUGGUACCUGCUUGCUGGCUUCCUAUAAGAGGCAUCUAUUGGCCACAGUGAGAACAGGAUACUGGACUAGAUGGGCCAUUGGCCUGAUCCAGCCGCCUCUUCUUAAGUUCUUAUGUAGUCCUGCAUUAUAUCUGGAGGGCCAAAGAUUAGCCACCCCUGGUCUACUAGCAUAGUAAUGAUUCUCAGGUCAGCUCUGAACUCACUUCGAAAUUUUGGAUUUCAUGAGGGUUACUGUGGUGAAUCAUCCUCGAGUCACCAGUUUGUAGUUUCUCGCGUAACGUCAGAAUCUAGGAACAGCGCUGUGCCAGACCAUUGGUCCACCCACCUCUGCUGAUUCUCUCCAUCUUUCCCUCCCUCCAGGUGAUGAGGAUGGAAUUGGGCACCUUUUGCAAAGCAGCCGCUCUUCCACCAAGCUGCUUCUCUUUCUCUCCCCGUAGGCUGCUGGUGAAAGCACAACUGUGCGCGCGCAUGAUUUUAAUAGCAAAUCGCCAUUAUUCAAAUUCUCGGGAUUGAUAAUAUUGACAUUCCUCAUGGGCCUAAUCAGAGGGGCUUUUUUGUGUGUGUGUGGGAUUAUAAUGCUUCGUGUUUGUGCAUUGACCCAGUUGUGUAAGAAUUGCCAGGAGCAACGGAGCCAUUUUCAUCCUGGCGCGUGAGAGCAGGAGGUGGUUGCCAUAGAAACUUCUGGGAUGGACCAGAGCACAGCACAUCAGAAAGCAGCCAGCUUGGUUCCCUGAUCAGCUGCUCGAGUCAGUGAUUUACAAAGGGACAGCUGUGAUUUGCAUGGUGACGGAAAGGUUGGCAAUUAGCAAGCCCCUCCACUUCCGAAUUUUUACUCCUCCCAGCCACCUCUCCCAGUCCUAUAUUAAGCACAUCUCUGUGUAAUUAGCAACAGCUUUCUAAGUCAAGAAAUCCAUCCUGACAUCUCUUGUUUGGGUUUGUGAUUCUUCUUUAUUCAGUUCCAUUUUCCCCACCCGCUGUUGAUUUUAUGUAUCUAUAUCUUAUAUCUCCCACCUUUCCCCCCCAAGGUGAUGUACACAAAUUAAAUCAAUACAGAUGCCAUGCAUACUGCAAUUCUGAAUAAUCCUUUUUAGAGGGGAGGGGAAGGGGCAGUGGGGAUGAGCCCAUGAAACCAAGCAGGUCCUCCCCCCCCGAAAAAACCUUGGGAACCGCUGGCUUAAACUGUGGUUUACGUGACACGCAAACUGGACCCGUGUUUGUCCUUUGCUUUUAGCUGCGAAGUUUUUAUUGAUUGAUUCUUUUUAUGUCAGCAUAAAUUUAUAUUUUGGGGUGGAAUGUUCCUCUGGAUACUUGUAAGCAGAAAGCAAUAGCUUUCUGACAUGUGGGUUGGAUGGAAUAAAAUUCCUGGUUUGGGGCGUCUGUGUGCUGAAGGCACCAUGGUGGAGAUGGCGGGCGUAGGGUGCUUUUGUGCCUCUGUGGGGUACAGCUUUUUAUUUGCACGGUCGGUUUGGAAACGACUUCUUUUUGCAGCCAAGACAUUGGAUAGUGGGAACUUGGCUGUCUUUGUCCAUUCUAGAUAGAAUACCUCAGAAGACAGUGACUUCUCCUUCCUUGGAGGUUUUUAAGCAGAGGUUUGGGUGGCCACAAGGGAUUCUUUAGCUGGGCUGCCUGCAUUGUCAGGGAUUGGAUGAGAUGGCGCUUGGGGGGGUCUCUUCCAAAUUUACUUAUCUAAUAAUACUAAUACUCAUAAUAAUAAAUUUUAUUUAUACCCCACCUUCCCCAGCCAGAGCCAGGCUCAGGGCAGCUAACACCAGAAAAAUUAUAGUAAAAUCAUAAUGGGGGGUGGGGAACCAAUUUAAAAUACAGGUUAAAAUGCAAUUUAAAAUGCAGCCUCAUUUUAAUAGUAGCCCAUAAAUCAAAACCAUAAGGGGAAGGAAACAUAAGGGUCAAACUGAGUCCAAACCAAAGGCCAGGCAGAACAGCUCUGUCUUGCAGGCCCUGUGGAAAGAUGUCAAGUCCCGCAGGGCCCUAGCCUCUUGUGACAGAGCGUUCCACUGAGUCAGGGCCAGUGCUGAAAAGGCCCUGGCCCUAGUUGAGACCAAGCUAACCACCUUGCGACCUACAAAAUGUUGUCAUUUGUGGACCUUAAGGUCCUCCGCAGGGCAUACCAGGAGAUAGGAUUAUGGCUGCUAUUGCAAUUCCCUGAUGGCUUGAGGCCAUCUUUGCACUUUGGGAAGCUGGUACAAUGACUCUUUCCGUUGCUGAUACAAAGGAGUACUGUGGCUUUUAAAUGAGUACAUAAUAUACAGUGCCAAUGCCAGCAUAUAUAUUAUAUCUCAUUUUCUGUUGAUGUUAUCAAUUUCCUAGCUGGCCAGGGCCUCCUGAGGCAAAUGCAUCCACGUAAUAAUGCAGUUUAAACCUUGCUGGAAGGAAGAGGGGCUGACGCCUUCCUCCCUCUGGUCCUGAUCUCCCUCAGCAUUUCAGUUGGUGCUGAGGUCUUGUACAUUUGCAUGCACCCUUCUCGCUCUGGGGCAGGCCCCUUUUCUUCCUCCUUCCUCCUUCCCAUGACUUGCUUUAACCUAAACAAGGUUUGAAGAGGGUCAUUGUGGUGAUCACACAAGGUCCCCAGACGUUUAACGGUCUAUUGAUCCCUGUACCACUACUGUGCUUGCUUCCCUGCUAUCACCAACCAGUUACUCUCUGGUAAAACACUGAGUCUAGUCAGUUGUUAAAAGUGAACCAAAAAAACCACCAAGUUUACAGUGGUACCUCGGGUUACAUACGCUUCAGGUUACAGACUCAACAAUAGAAAAUGUCCUUUCAUACUGCAUCACGGUGUGGUACGCUGGUUUGACAUCAACUGAUAAGAAGUGCCCACAGAGGGUGGUGAAUACAGCACAAGAUAUUAUGGGCUGUCCCGUGAAUCCGCUGGAUGACAUCGCGGAAGAACAUUGCCUCAGGAGAGUGAGGAAAAUUCUCAGGGAUGAUUCACACGCUGGCCAGCACUUUCAUAGAAUCAUAGAGUUGGAAGAGACCACAAGGGCCAUCGAGUCCAACCCCCUGCCAAGCAGGAAACACCAUCAGAGCACUCCUGACAUAUGGUUGUCAAGCCUCUGCUUAAAGACCUCCAAAGAAGGAGACUCCACCACACUCCUUGGCAGCAAAUUCCACUGUCAAACAGCUCUUACUGUCAGGAAGUUCUUCCUAAUGUUUAGGUGGAAUCUUCUUUCUUGUAGUUUGGAUCCAUUGUUCCGUGUCCGCUUCUCUGGAGCAGCAGAAAACAACCUUUCUCCCUCCUCUAUGUGACAUCCUUUUAUAUAUUUGAACAUGGCUAUCAUAUCACCCCUUAACCUCCUCUUCUCCAGGCUAAACAUGCCCAGCUCCCUUAGCCGUUCCUCAUAAGGCAUCGUUUCCAGGCCUUUGACCGUUUUGGUUGCCCUCCUCUGGACACGUUCCAGUUUGUCAGUGUCCUUCUUGAACUGUGGUGCCCAGAACUGGACACAGUACUCCAGAUGAGGUCUGACCAGAGCAGAAUACAGUGGCACUAUUAUUUCCCUUGAUCUAGAUGCUAUACUCCUAUUGAUGCAGCCCAGAAUUGCAUUGGCUUUUCUUGAUCUCCUGCCCUUGAGCAGAAGAUAUAGAAGCAUGACUAGUCGCACCAACAGGGUACAGAACAGCUUCUAUCCGUGGGGUGUUAGGCUGCUGAAUGAAAAGAUAACAACAGGGCAACAGACUUUCGGGUUUGGUGGGUGUGUAAACGAGAGGAAUUAAGACUAAGAGAGCUGAGUGGGGGGUGCUCGUGUAAUCUCACUGUAUACAAGUUGUACAAUAAAGUAUUUCAAUUUCAAUAACAGCCAUUGCAUGUGUGCAGAUCGAAGCCCUUCACUCUGACCCCCCCUUGCUUCUUUGCAUUAAACCUUUGCCUCUCUCGUCCUGCAGGAAUCAGAGUUUGAAAGCAAGCUGGAUGGAGAAACGGCGUCAGACAGCGAGUGCAAAUCGGAGAUUGCCCAAGCAGCGCCAGUGGAUGACACCCCAGAGGUCCUCAACAGGGCUCUCUCCAACCUGUCCUCCAGGUAAAUGCUGAUGUCAAAACACACUCGGGUGUUUUGUAGCAAAGCCCACUUUUUAUUUACUUCAUAAAAUUUAUGCACUGCUUGAUAUUGAAAAAAACCCCACAUCUCAGCAUAGUUUACAAAGAAAGGCAAAAUAAUAAAAGGACCAAUAAGAAGAAUCAGUAAUGAUUUAAGACGUUCAAAAACUUAAAUUUGCAGUGGGCUCAAAACAGGUUAAAACUCACAUCAGCUUCCUUGGCAUCUGGGUAGGCUUGUCGGAACAAAAAAAGCAUUUAGCAGCCACCAGAAAGAGUACAGUGGUACCUCGGGUUACAUACGCUUCAGGUUACAUAUGCUUCAGGUUACAGACUCCACUAAGCCAGAAAUAGUGCUUCAGGUUAAGAACUUUGCUUCAGGAUGAGAACAGAAAUCGGGCUCCGGCGGCGCGGCGGCAGAGGGAGGCCCCAUUAGCUAAAGUGGUGCUUCAGGUUAAGAACAGUUUCAGGUUAAGUACGGACCUCCAGAAUGAAUUAAGUACUUAACCUGAGGUACCACUGUACAGCGAAGACGCCUGCCUGAUAUCAGUAGGCAGGGAGUUCCAAAGUGUAGGUGCUGCCACAUUAAAAGAUUAAAGUUCUUACAAAUGUGGAACAGGCGUCAUGGGACACCUGUGGGACUGCCAGUUCUGUAGACUGGUCAAGUGGAGUAGAGUGACCUCACAAGCAUUUCUCCCUCCCAAAGGGGGGCCUGAAAGGGUGCUUUAUCUAAUAGUUGUGGUGUCGUAGCUCUGCUGAGGAGCAGGUGCCAAAAUGGCAGUGGCCAGGACUCCCCACCCCACUAACGUCCCCAUAUUUUAUUUCAGAAAUCCUACAGACGUGUUAUGAGAGGCUGGGCCCCCCACAAACAGCACAGACAUAUAGGAAGCUGCCUUAUACAGAGUCGGACCAUUGGUCCAUCUUGCUGAGUAUACCUACACUGACUGGCAGCUGCUCUCCAGGGUUUCCAGCAGCCAUCUCUCCCAACCCUUCCUGGAGGUGCAACUGGGGUUUGGCCAGGGGCCUUCUGUUUGCAAGGCUGUACCACUGAGCUCUGGCCCUCCCCCAACAAAUACGGCUUGGUGCCCAGUCCCAUCAAGGCUGGCCCAAGAUGCUUUGGUGGUGCCGGAGGCAAGAAAUUGACGUGGCACCUCUCUGCCCACCCCUUGCCCUGUCUACUAAUGAGCAGGGGGCAUAAUUUGCCUGGGCUCUCCAUUGCUCAUAGCUUGUGUCUACAGAUGUGUAUCCACGCAACGGUCACCUCCAGACUGGAUUAUUGUAACUCACUCUGCGUGGGGCUGCCUUUGAGACUGACCCAGAAACUCCAGUGGGUGCAGAAUGCUGCGGCGAGGCUCAUUACGGGGUCCCCGCCAUGGGAUCACAUUCACCCAGUGCUAUACCAGCUGCACUGGCUCCCGGUGGAGUACAGGAUCAGGUUUAAGGUGCUGGUUUUAACCUUUAAAGCCCUAUACGGCCUAGGACCCUCGGACCUACGGGACCGCCUCUCUUGGUAUGUCCCAUAGAGGACCUUACGGUCUUCAAAUAAUAACACCUUGGAGAUCCUGGGCCACAGGGAGGUUAGGCUGGCCUCAACCAGAGCCAGGGCUUUUUCGGCCGUGGCCCCAAUCUGGUGGAACGCUCUGUCGCAAGAGACUAGGGCCCUGCGGGACUUGACAUCUUUCCGCAGGGCCUGCAAGACAAAGCUGUUCCACCAGGCCUUUGGCCAAGGCACAGUCUUUGAUAAUCCUCAUAGAACUCUAGCCCAUUGGUUGCCAUUAAUUUGAUUUUGAAUUGGUUUUAGAAUGAAUUUAUUUUAGAAUGCUGUGUUACUUUUAUUGUUGUUAGCCAUUCUGAGCCCGACUUUGGCUGGGGAGGGCAGGAUAUAAAUAAAAAUUAUUAUUAUUAUUAUUAUUAUUAUUAAUAUUCUUCAGUAGGACGGGCCUCUUCCUGCAUGAGCCUGCCUGUGCCCCCGGGGUGUCAACAGAUGCUGUUCUCCAUCGGCCACUUCACUCUGGAGUGCAGAGGGUGGCUGCGAUGGAGAGGGCCUGGAGUGAUUUGCCUGGCCCCUUCUGUGAUGGCCCCUCUCUGCCAAGAAAACCUUUUUUUGUUGUUGUUCUCUUAGGCCUCACGGCCUGCUCUCAUUAGCCUCAUUUAAGACUGAUCUUGACAUUUGGCACGGCUUCUGCAGUGGCUCAUAUGCUUUUAAUGAAAACCAUUUAAGAGAGUUUUAUUACGUUGAGCGGGAUUAUGUGAUGAAUUUAGUUCUCCAUAUAAUUAGGUGCAUUUCCUCCCCCCCCCCAUGAUAUUUUUAUUGCAUUGUAUACGUUUACAAAACUAAAAAUCAAAGCAAUGUAAGGCAUAAUAGCAUCCGUAUACAGGAUGUUUCUUGUCAAUUAUUAUUAUUCCUUAUUGUUUUCAUUUUCAGCUUUGCAAACUUACAGAAUCAAUACAGGAAUACUUAACUGGGUGAAUUUGAGAGAAGCCAUAUUUUGUUUUUGCUGAUUUGGAGUUUACUUUGUAGUGUUUCCAUUGUAUAAUUUCUUUGUCAUCAUCAUCAUAAACUUUAUUGCACUAGCCAAAGGCCAUGGCAUUAUUCACAAAGGGAACGAAAAGAAAAGCAACAAGAGCCAUAAAAAACCAUAAAAAUACCCAGCACUGCAGAUAUAAUAAACAACGGUCACUUCUCCUAAAAAUUAUUUAUUGCAUACGAUAGAGUGGCAAGGGGUUCUCAGGUAGAAUGGGCCAGCUUAAAUGUCCGAAUCACCUUUGCAAUUGAUCGCUAUUUUAUCUAGUUCUUUUCUCCUGAUCUUCUUAGCUGCCAACACAUAUACAGUGGUGCCUUGCAAGACGAAAUUAAUCCGUUCCGCGAGUCUCUUCGUCUUGCGGUUUUUUCGUCUUGCGAAGCACGGCUAUUAGCGUCUUAGCGGCUAUUAGUGGCUUAGCGGCUUAGCAGCUUUAAGAAAAAGGAAACAAACUCGCAAGAACUUGCAAGACAUUUCGUCUUGCGAAGCAAGCCCAUAGGGAAAUUCGUCUUGCGGAACGACUCAAAAAACGCGAAACCCUUUCGUCUAGCGAGUUUUUCGUCUUGCGAGGCAUUCGUCUUGCGGGGCACCACUGUAGUGCUACUUUAUAAGUUACGAAGUCAUCAGUAUCGCUCAGCAGCCAUUUCACCCUUUCCGCCCAGUUUGAGUGUGUUCCAUUCGUGAGCAGGGGUUUUAUAAAUCGGUCUCUUGGUUCUAUAUAUAGCGGGCAUUGCAAUAAAUAGUGGUGCAGGUCCUCUACUCAAGGUUGCCCACACAAAGUCUCUCCUUGUACUGUACUUUGCCAUACCGACCAUCCACCACCACGGAGGGGAUCGAUUGGAGUCGUAAUUCUGUGAAAGCGAUUCUUAGUACGGCAAGUUGGGGCUUUGUCAAAUAACUAGCUCGGAUGUGCCCCAUUUUGAUAAGUUUAUUUCUUUGUCAUUCCUAAUUUGUGCUAAACGUUUUUUUGUGUACCAAGCCCAGAGGGCCAAGUUAUGGAACAAUGGCCAAACAGUAAUAAUUAGUAAUGACUUUAAAUGAUUUGGAGCAUGUUGGUCCUCGUUUGCACCAGUGAUUCUCCUGGAUUGCAGGGGUUUUCCCCUGGCCAAUACUUGCUGGAUGGAGGCUGUCACUGAGCUGGGGUCCUCCUCCCCAGGGCUCAGUUGUUGUUAUUUACAGUGGUACCUCAGGUUAAGCACUUAAUUCGUUCCGGAGGUCCGUUCUUAACCUGAAACUGUUCUUAACCUGAAGCACCACUUUAGCUAAUGGGGCCUCCUGCUGUCGCUCCGCUGCCGGAGCACGAUUUCUCUUCUCAUCCUGAAGCAAAGUUCUUAACCUGAAGCACUAUUUCUGGGUUAGCGGAGUCUGUAACCUGAAGCGUAUGUAACCUGAGGUACCACUGUUUUUUACUACUCGGCCUUCACCCUAAGGUCCCAGGGUGGGUUACAGCAUUAAAAAACAAUACAAAAAGCAAUCUAAAGCAACUUACAGUCACAAAAAUAAAAACAUGCACCUCAGCUGCCAAAAGCCAGGGGGGAGAGGUGAAUCUUCAACAUCCUCCAAAAGCUGUACAGUGAAGGUGCCAGGGACACGUCUCUGGGAAGGGAGUGGCAUAGCUUAGGGCAUGGGUAGGCAACCUAAGGCCCGGGGGCCGGAUCCGGCCCAAUCGCCUUCUCAAUCCAGCCCGCAGACAGCCCAGGAAUCAGUGUGUUUUUACAUGAGUAGAAUGUGUCCCUUUAUUUAAAAUACAUCUCUGGGUUAUUUGUGGGGCAUAGGAAUUCGUUCAUCUUUCUUUUUCCCCUAAAAUAUAGUCUGGCCCACCACAAGGUCUGAGGGACCCCUGCUGAAAAAGUUUGCUGACCCCUGGCUUAGGGCAUGGGUAGGCAAACUAAGGCCCAGGGGCUGAAUCCGGCCCACGGACGGUCUGGGAAUCAGCAUGUUUUUACAUGAGUAGAAUGUGUGCUUUUAUUUAAAAUGCAUCUCUGGGUUAUUUGUGGGGCAUAGGAAUUCGUUCAUCUUUCUUUCCCCCCCAAAAUAUAGUCCAGCCCCCCACAAGGUCUGAGGGACAGUGGACCGUCCCCUGCUGAAAAAGUUUGCUGACCCCUGGCUUAGGGGCUUCCACAGUGAAGGCCUUUUCCUGGGCUGCCACCAUCCCCAAACCUCAGGGUGGAGGAUUUAUCGGGAGGGUCUCCUCUGCUGAUCUCAGCACCCAAGAGGGUCUGCAAGGAGGGAGGUGGUCUUUCUGCUUCACUCCCAUUAUUCCGACCUUAUUGGGGGCCCAUGUCUGCUGCCUUCCCCUUCCCACUCCACUCCACCCUCCUGGUUGAGCCGCUUGGGGCUUUGGACUGAUGCCCCAGAAGCCCCAAAUCAUACUUGACUUUCCUGGAGACCAGGAACCUGAUUCAGUUUUGUUACAAGCCUGCAGUACUUUUUAUAAAGUUUUAUUUACGACGUACUUAAGAGGAUUUUUCUUCCACCUUUCCAAAACGUUGCAAGGCAGCUCACAGCAAAAACCACAACAGCAGCAAAACACACCCACCCAGCUGUAACAUUAAGAAACACUAAAAGCAGCCAGUACAGUUUGAAAUGAGGCAGCAGAUAAAAGCCACUUAAAAGGUGCACUUUGAAGCUAGCAUUGCAAGGAAAUUAAUAUGCGAAAGUGUUAUUGUGUUCCUGUACGUCUAAAACAGGAAGUAUCAGAAGCAGCUAGAGGCGACAGAAGAAAAUGGUUGCACAAGUGAGAAUUUUGUUGUUGUUUCUCUUGUAUCCAAGAAAUAUUUUCCGGUUUCGGAACUGCUUGUGACACCUCCUUGUUCACCAACCAAGCUCUCCUCUGUCUGGGAUGAUAACUUUGCACAUGGAGAUGAGCAUUUAAGAACACAAGAACCUAAGCAGAGGCUGAUGGAUCAGACCGGUGGCCCAUCUGGUCCAGCACCCUGUUCUCACAGAGGAGGCAAACCGGGCGCCUCUUCUGGGAAACCUGCAAACAGGAUUUGAGCACGUGAGCCCUCGCUCCCCUCCUGCAGUCUUACAAUCCGUACAUUUUGUAUACAUCAACUGAUACACACACAAACCCUCGGGUUCAUUAUAUUCAGGAUUGUUAGACCAGGGGUCAGCAAACUUUUUCAGCAGGGGGCUGGUCCACUGUCCCUCAGACCUUGUGGGGGGCCGGACUACAUUUUGAAAAAUAAAUAAAUGAACAAAUUCCUAUGCCCCACGAAUAACUCAGAGAUGCAUUUUAAAUAAAAGGACACAUUCUACUCAUGCAAAAACAUGCUGAUUUAAAAUGCAAACAGGCAGAGGCAGCAGAUAAAAGCCACUUAAAUGCUGAUUCCCGGACCGUCUGCGGGCCGGAUUUAGAAGGUGAUUGGCCCGGAUCCAGCCCCCAGACCUUAGUUUGCCUACCCAUGCCCUAAGCCCGGGGUCAGCCAACUUUUUCAGCAGGGGGCUGGUCCACUUUCCCUCAGACCUUGUGGGGGGCUGGACUAUAUUUUGAAAAAUAAAUAAAUGAACGAAUUCCUACGCCCCACAAAUAACCCAAAGAUGCAUUUUAAAUAGAAGGACACAUUCUACUCAUGUAAAAACACGCUGAUUCCUGGACAGUCUGCAGGCUGGAUUGAGAAGGCGAUUGGGCCGGAUCCGGUCUACCCAUGUAGACGAAUACCCUCCCAUGAAGAAGCAUUUUCCAAUUCUCCCCAGGACUGUCCAGCUUUGACUGCCUUGACCAGCCUGGAAAGAGCAUUGGCAAAUGUGCACAGGUGGUCCAUCUCAGCUUUCUAAGGAUGCUGUCCACAUUUUUUGGCUUUCUUCAUCAGAACAGCCUGCUUUGAGGGAGGCUGUUGGGGGGGCAGGACUCCAGGUGUCAGAAAUAUGAUUCGUUGCAGGCAUGAUACAUUUGGGGGGGGGGGGUUCCUUAGGGACACCACAGGGUGAUGUAGUGUUUAGAGUGUCUGCCUAGGGCCUGAGAGACCAGGGUUCAAAUCCCCACUGAGCCCUGAAGGAUACUGAGUGAUCUUGGGCCUCUCACUGCCUGAUCUUUCUUUUUUUUUUUAAAAAAAAUAAUAUUUAUUAAGAUUUGAUAGGUUACAAAAAGGAAAAAGGAAAAAUAAAAAACAGCAUAUUAAGCAAAAACAGAACAUCACAUCACAAUACAGAAAAGAAGGGAAAACAACAACAACAACAAUAACAAUAACAAAAAUAAAAUAAAAAAUGCAAUGAAUCUUCCCAUAACUUAUCUUUCAUUUACUUAUUUCCUUGACCUCCUCACACCUCCCUUUUUUGUAUUCUAGUUCAGUUAGCUAUUUCAGCAAAUCCUUUCCAUCUUUUCCAGUUUUUGUCCUAUAUUUUAUCUUAAUAUAAUGUAACUUUACUUUCCCUCCUUUCACCAUUUAAGAAUCUAUUUUUUCUUAAUCCUCUAUAGCAUUUCUGCUAAAACCACAUUACUUCAUUCCAACAUCCAUCUAACAUUCCUUAAUUUUACAAUGUUUCUGUAAAUAAACUUUAAAUUUCUUCCAAUCUUCUUCCACCGACUUUUAUCCUCACUGCCUGAUCUUGGGCCUCUCACUGCCUCUCAGUCUAACCUACCUCUCAGGGCUGUUGUGGGGAUUAAAUGGAGAGGAGGAAAACCACGUACGCCACCUCGAGCUCCUUGGAGGAGAGGCGGGGUAAAAAUGCAAUAAAGAAAUAAUGCAUAGGAAGGGGUAUAAAAAGGUAACGGUACCCCUAACCGUUAGGUCCCAUCGCAGACGACUUUGGGGUUGCGGCGCUCAUCUCGCUUUACUGGUUGAGGGAGCCGGCGUACAGCUUCCUGGUCAUGUGGCCAGCAUGACUAAGCCGCUUCUGGCAAACCAGAGCAGCGCACGGAAACGCCGUUUACCUUCCCGCCGGAGCGGUACCUAUUUAUCUACUUGCACCGGUGUGCUUUCGAACUGCUAGGUUGGCAGGAGCAGGGACCGAGCAACGGGAGCGCACCCCGUCGUGGGGAUUCGAACUGCCGACCUUCUGAUUGGCAAGUCCUAGGCUCUGUGGUUUAACCCACAGCGCCACCCAUGUCCUAGGAAGGGGUAUAGUGAGCACCAAACUGGAUGAAGUAAAAUGCUACAUUUUCACCAUGUCAUUCCAAAGGAAUGCCACACAAAAAUUACGAAGUUGCUUCUCACAUACAGUGGUACCUCGGGUUACAGACGCUUCAGGUUGCAGACUCUGCUAACCCAGAAAUAGUACCUCGGGUUAAGAACUUUGCUUCAGGAUGAGAACAGAAACCGCGCGGUGGUGGCGGCGGCACUGGGAGGCCCCGCUAGCUAAAGUGGUACCACAGUGUAAGAACAGUUUCACGUUAAGAACGGACCUAUGGAACGAAUUAAGUUCUUAACCCGAGGUACCACUGCACUGUAUAUGGAAAGUCACCAAAGGAAUGAAAAAUGUAUAGACCUAUAUCAAGAAAAAUACAAUCACACACACAAAAAGGACAGCUUAAAAAAAGAAGAUUUUUUGGGGUGGGAGGUGUCUGUCAGUGGUACUGUUUAUUCUCUAUCUGCUAUUGUUGGCCACUAGCCACAAUGGCUGUGAUCUGUCUCCACAAUCAGAGGCAGCAAGGCUUCGGAAUACCAGUUACUGGAAACCGCAGGACGGGAGAGGGCUGCUUUUGUGCCUGGGUUCCUGCUUGUGGUUCUGGGGCAUCUGUGAGGACAGGAUGCUGAGCAAGGUGGGCCACUGGCCUGAUCCGGGAGACUCUACUUACCGUAUUUUUCGCUCUAUAAGACGCGCCAGACAAUAAGAGCCACCUAGUUUUUGGAGGAGGAAAACAAGAAAGAAAAUAUUCUGAAUCCCAGAAGCCAGAACAGCAAGAGAGAUCUGGCUUCUGGGAUAGCCUCUUGCUGUUCUGGCUUCUGGGAUAGCCCGCAAAGCCUCCACAGGGCAGCGGGAUGAAGGCUCACUGCUGCCCUGCAGGCUUUUCUACGAGGAGGGAGAAGGGACUGAUGCAGCCAGUCAGUCCCUUCUCCCUUCGGGGAAAAGCCCCCAAGAGCUGUGCGCUCUUUUUAAGGGUGCACGGCUCCUGCGGGCUUUUCUACGAGGAGGGAGAAGGGACUGCCUGCCUUGUCAGUCCCUUCUCCCUUCUUGGGCACACACAUUUCCCCUUACUUUUUAGGAGGGAAAAGGUGCGUCUUAUGGAGCGAAAAAUACGGUACAUUCUUACGUUGCGCUGCCCUCGCGUUGUGUUUCAGUCUUGCAUCUGUUGCUGUGUGUGUGUGUGUGUGUGUGUGUGUGUGUGUGUUUCACAACGGUGUCCUCUGCACAUAGCUGUCAACGUUUCCCUUUUCUUAAGGGAAAUUCCCCUAUUCCGAAUAGGAUUCCUCGCAAGAAAAGGGAAAAGUUGACAGCUAUGCUUCUGCAAGCCUCCGUUUCUCUGGCAGUGUCUGGAGCGUGACCUUCUGCCAAGAGACCCCCGAGGGAGAAUGGAUGGGGGCUGUGUUCUCUCAGGAAGCAGCCGGGUGCCAGAAAUAGCAGCUGCCUUUCGCCCUUGCUAAGAAUGUGCCAAAACUUUGAAAGCCAUCAGGGAGCGGAUCUUCCGAUUCUGCAAAGAGUAAAUUUCCACAGCAGGGCUUCUGUUUCUUCCCCUGCAAGCUCUCUCAUAGACUCAAACAGGAUGGAUUUGAUUCAAAUCAAAUCAAUUUUAAUCAAUAGUCAGUAAGACUUGAUUUAAAUCACUAGUCAGUAAGACUUGAUUUAAAUCAUUUUUUUACAGAAAGAUUCAACCUUGCUGGCAUUCUCUUAAUAUUUACAACCAGAUGAAGGUUUCAUUUUUGGAAUAAUAAAUUUUCGGAGUAGUUUUUACAGUUAUAUCAAAAAUUACUGCUUUGGGUAAAGGUAAAGGUAAAGGUACCCCUGCCCGUACGGGCCAGUCGUGUCCGACUCUGGGGUUGCGCGCCCAUCUCGCUUAAGAGGCCGGGGGCCAGCGCUGUCCGAAGACACUUCCGGGUCACGUGGCCAGCGUGACAAGCUGCAUCUGGCGAGCCAGCGCAGCACACGGAACGCCAUUUACCUUCCCGCUGGUAAGCGGUCCCUAUUUAUCUACUUGCACCUGGGGGUGCUUUCGAACUGCUAGGUUGGCAGGCGCUGGGACCGAGCAACGGGAGCGCACCCCGCCACGGGGAUUCGACCUGACGAUCAUAGACAGAUAAUUAUGAAAUUAUUGUUUAUAUUUGGACAACUUUUCUGCUGUACUUUAUUGGAAGGAGAAAAAUAAUCAUUUCCUUAAUAACAAUUUAAACAAUUUAUUUAACCAAAGCAAUAACGUUAUAGCAUAUGUAUCCAUGUUUGUUAACCAAUGUAGUUAAAUGAUUUUUUUUCUUUAAAAAAAACUUAGACUGAGUUUUAGCACAGAUGAAAAACUUUAAACAAAUCCUUAUUUCCUGAUGAAUAACCUUUUGACUACAGUGGUACCUCAGGUUAAGUACUUAAUUCGUUUCGGAGGUCUGUACUUAACCUGAAACUGUUCUUAACCUGAAGCACCACUUUAGCUAAAGGCUCCUCCCGCUGCUGCCGCUCCGCCAGAGCAUGAUUUCUGUUCUUAUCCUGAAGCAAAGUUCUUAACCUGAAGCAUUAUUUCUGGGUUAGCGGAGUGUGUAACCUGAAGUGUAUGUAACUUGAAGCGUAUGUAACCCAAGGUACCACUGUAUAAUGUAACUUAAAUAGAAAAUUAUCUUUAGAAAGGUUUUUCCUCCAAAAGCAUUUUAUUUUAAAAAUCCGAUUUAAAUUUUUUUUAAAAAUCUGAUUUUUAAAAAAUCAUUGUUUUUUAUCCACCUGGGACUCAAACGGUUGUUAAGUUGGAGAGGUAGCAAUCUAGUCCAACCCCCUACAAUGCAAGAGUCACAGCCAAGGAAUCCCUGAUCUCUUUUGAUGCUUUCCUUCCUCUGCAGAUGGAAGAACUGGUGGGUGAGAGGCAUCCUGACUCUGGCGAUGAUCGUCUUUUUCUUCAUCAUCAUCUACCUGGGACCCAUGGUCUUGAUGAUGAUCGUAAGUCUUUGUGGUCUUUCUGGAAUCUGAUCUUUUCCCAAUGGAGGCCUGGGGGUUCGGGAAUGGCUUCCUCUUGCCGGAAGGCAGGGCUAGAUUCCACCUCCUCACGAGUUUAAAAGGCCAUGGGGAAAGAGGAAUGUGUUUGCCUGGUGCCUAAAACUACCGUAUUUUUCGCUCUAUAAGAUGCACCAGAUCUAUAAGAUGCACCACAAGACGCACCUAGAUUUUGGAGGAGGAAAACAAGAAAAAAAAUAUUCUGAAUCUCAGACGCCAGAACAGCAAGAGGGAUCGCUGUGCAGUGAAAGCAGCAAUCCCUCUUGCUGUUCUGGCUUCUGGGAUAGCUGCGCAGCCUGCAUUCGCUCCAUAAGACGCACACACAUUUCCCCUUACUUUUUAGGAGGGAAAAAGUGUGUCUUAUAGAGCAAAAAAUACGGUAUGUACUGAAGGCUCCCGGCAAGACUCCUUGGGGAGAUAAUUCCACAAGCAGAGAGCCAUCCACUGAGCUCCUUGGAGAACAGCGUGGGAUAUAAAUGUAAUAUAUAAAUACAAAAAAAUAAAUGCAAGAAUGCUUAUUGUUCUCUUGAAGUGGCCCGGGAAUUUAUCAAAACUCAUGCCCCCCUGCUGUCUGUCUGUCUGUUUGUCCGUCUGUCUGCAAAAGCAGAUUUAGGGGAACAUGACUGGUUUGGUCGCACUGGGCGCAGAGUCUCGGGGCACCACAACUAUGAUGUAGAAUAGGCGUUGUAUGUGAGUGCAAAUUUUGGUGUCGUACAGGGCACUUAGGAAAUUUGAGACCCCAAAGUCCACUGCUGCUGUCUGUCUGUCUCUCUGUCUCUCAGGUGAUGUGUGUGCAGAUCAAGUGCUUCCAAGAGAUCAUCACCAUUGGUUACAACGUUUAUCACUCCUACGAGCUGCCCUGGUUCAGAACCCUAAGUUGGUAAGUGGAAUCAGAGUUUGUGCUACCUGAGUUAAGCUCUAGAAGAAGUCUGGUUUCCUUGUUUUCCAUGAGGAUAUCUCUACGCAGCUCUAUUCUUCUAUACAGCUCAAGGUGGCUACUGUUGUUAACAUUUUCCUUUAUAACUGUUAAUUUAUGACUGUUACCCAACAGUGCAUCAUACCAUAUAGAAAGCAAACAAUAAACAAUAAGAAAAAGGAACCAAUAUAAAUCAAGGCUCCUGUGUUUCCCAAACUGGCAUGGGUGGUAAAUGUUGAGCAUCUCAAGUCUGAAACAAAGGAAAUAAAACCCCACCAGAUGGCAUAAAAGCCUUCUGGACCCUAAAUCCCCCUGGAGACACACAGUUCAUGUAUUAUCUUUUCCUCACUGGCCAAAGUCCAUAAGUCAUUGCCGUAUUUUUCGCUCUAUAAGACACACUAGACCAUAAGACGCACCUAGUUUUUGGAGGAGGAAAACAAGAAAAAAAAUAUUCUGAAUCCCACCUGCAUUUGCUCCAUAAGAUGCACACACAUUUCCCCUUACCUUUUAGGCAGGACAAAGUGUGUCUUAUAGAGCGAAGAACACGGUACGCCACAAAGCUAGAUGCAGAUUUUUCAGGGUUUUCCACUGCUGGGCUACUGAAAUCCUGGCUGCAGUCCACAUCCGUGCCACCAGCUGGCGCUGCAAACAUGGGUGGGCCACCCCCCAAGCAACUCACUUUUCAUUGGCUCCACCCGCUGUCACUCCCUUCCCCAGCCACUGCUUUCUCUCUCAACCAUUCUCUGCACAGAGUGUCUCAUUCCAACGGCUGGUGAGAGUUCCAUGUCUAGCAAAUGUCUAGCUGGGCUCUCAGCUGCCUUCACCUCAAGUCUGGUGGUUGGCUGAGCCAGGUGGUUCAUACCCUUAAUUCCUAAAGGUGUGGAGGGGGGAGAGUCUUGACCUGGAUGUGAGGAGCUUCUGAAGAGUCCAUGUGGGGGGGGGGGCUGUUUGGGGAGCACCAGCUACUGUAUCCCGUGGAUUGCAGGGGGUUGGACUAAAUGGCCCUUUCUGUCCCUUCCAACUCUACAGUGCUAUGCUUCUAUGGCCCCAUUUGCAUAUCAACAAGAGUGGUUACCAUUGAUGUGAUGCGUACAUAUCCUGGAGCCAUUGGCUGUUAGAGGCAGGUAGAUCUAGACUAAGGCUACCAGAUUUUUUUCAAAGAAUCCAGAGACACACCCCCUUUUUUUUGAAAAGAGAAAAAAAUUAUUUAAAAAGUUAUUUUUUAUAUAUAAAAAAAGAAGAAGAAGUAAUAUCUUCUCUUCUGUGGUCUCCCCUGUCGCGCGGCCUUCCUCUGGGCCCCAGCCUGAUGUCUUGGAGUGCUGGCCGCCGUGGAGUAGGCUCAGGUCAGGCCUGGGCUCGGCCACAUGUCCUUGCCCUCCCGGUGCUCCCCUAACUCUCCUCCUCAGCGGCAGUGACACGGCAAGGUUGGGGCUCCCCUCUUUUUUCUCCUUCCUCUUUCUCUCUCUUCCUUCUCCUUCUCCUCUACUCCAUCUCCCUGUGUUGGCUCCGGGGUUUUCCUGGCCCCGGAGUGCCGCUGGGCAGUCGGCCGGGUGGGUGGGCACUCUCACUCCCGGCUUGAUUUGGGUCGCGGCGGGGGGGAGUCAGUGGGUCCCCCAGCUGACACGCUGGGGAUCCCCAUUUUCCCCUCAGCAGUGGCGGUGGCAGCGGCAGUUUCAGCAGCCCAGAGCCAGCCUGGUAGCGCAGUUGGCUCUGGCUGGCUUCAGGAGCUGCUCGCUGCUGUGGCAUCUGCCAUUUUGCCGCGCCAGAAGUCCCCAUAUGAUGUGUUUUGUACCGUUGAACCAAUCACGCAACAUUCAUCCCCUACUAAUAAAUCUACAACACUUAAAAUAUAAAUCCGGGGACAUUAAAUGAAAUCCGGGGACGGAUUUUGUCCAGGGGCGGAUUUGUAAAUCUGGGGACUGUCCCCGGGAAACAGGGGCGUCUGGUAACCGUAACCUAGACCAGCAAUAUCCAACUAGUCGACCACGAUCGACAGAUAGAUCACCGAGGUGCUGCCGGUCGAUCACAGGAUUAAAAAAAGUGAUUGCCUGGUUGCUCCUUAGCGAUGGCUAACAACCUAGGCCCAGAGUACCUCAGGAACCCUCUGAAUCUUCAUAUCCCAGCUUUGAAAUGUUGUACAGUGGUACCUCAGGUUAAGUACUUAAUUCGUUCCGGAGGUCCGUUCUUAACCUGAAACUGUUCUUAACCUGAAGCACCACUUUAGCUAAUGGGGCCUCCUGCUGCCGCCGCGCCGUUGGAGCACGAUUUCUGUUCUUAUUCUGAAGCAAAGCUCUUAACCUGAAGCACUAUUUCUGGGUCAGCGGAGUUUGUAACCUGAAGCGUAUGUAACCUGAAGCAUAUGUAACCCGAGGUACCACUGUAUUCCCUGCAGCGGACUGUUGGUCAAGGAAUUUUAUGUAAUCCUUUCCCAAAAAAGCUGAACAGCUAUGGUCAACCCCCCACCCCAAAGAAAGCUUAACUACUCUUGCCAACCAUUCCUAAAAAAAGCUCCACAACUCUGGUGUCUGCCCCUAAAAAAAACUCAACAACUAUGGGCAAUGACAAUGGAUAGAUCACUGCCAGUUUUAUUAUACUGGGCAUAGAUCACAGUCGCUAGAGAGUUGGAUGUGCCUGACCUAGACAACCUUCUGGUGUUUUCCAACACCAGGAUCCGAUUUGUAGCUUGAUCAGCUCAUUCAACCGGUUGAAGAAGACUUUCCUAAUUUGGUUGAAGUAUUUCUCAUGAAAGAAGCCUUCGGAGCCUCUCUGAAAAAGAUGACGUAUAUUCUUUCAGGUACUUCCUGCUCUGUGUGAACUACUUCUUUUAUGGAGAGACCGUGACAGAUUAUUUCUUCACUUUGGUCCAGAGGGAGGAGCCCUUGAGGAUCCUUAGCAAAUAUCACCGCUUCAUUUCCUUUGCCCUCUACUUAACAGGUAAGCGGGACUCUGGUCUCACGUUCGGGACUUAAUGGCACUUGAAGUGGGUUCUUCAAGGAUUCCUGGAGCCAGGCGGCAAUAUGGAGACACGGUGUCCUUUUCUCAUUGGGCGCCAUGUUUUGAUAGAAGCACAGUCUAGCCCAAUCGCCCACUUGGUCUGAAGGGGAGGAACACCAGGUUCUCACUUAAUUAAUUUCUCUGUUUCUGCAGGCUUCUGCAUGUUUGUUCUGAGCCUCGUCAAAAAGCACUAUCGACUCCAAUUCUACAUGGUAAGAGAGAUUUUCUCUCUUCAGAGAUAAUAGCUUGUGAAGGGAGAGAGAGAGACAGAGAGAGAGAGAGAUGAAAAGGAGCAGGCUGUUCUUAUCUUGCCUUUGACUGGCCUUCCCCAACCAGAUGCCCUCCAGAUGUUUUGACUACACGUCCCAUCAGCCCUUACCAGCGUGGCCAUUGGAGGGUACCAGCUUGAAGAAAGCUUUUUUCUUUUUUUCUGCAUUCCUUAAAACACUUUACGUAUUUCCUAUGUGUGUGAACAACGGAUUGAAGAACAGGGAGGCCCACAACUCCUGCCAGUCUUAAAAGUUUAUUUUGCAAUAGCCUAAAUCAUCUUAAGAGGGAUGCGGGUGGCGCUGUGGGUUAAACCACAGAGCCUAGGACUUGCCGAUCAGAAGGUUGGCGGUUCCAAUCCCCGCGACGGGUUGAGCUCCCGUUGCUUGGUCCCUGCUCCUGCCAACCUAGCAGUUCGAAAGCACGUCAAAGUGCAAGUAGAUAAAUAGGUAUCGCUCUGGCGGGAAGGGAAACAGCGUUUCUGUGCGCUGCUCUGCUUCGCCAGAAGCGGCUUCGUCAUGCUGGCCACAUGACCCGGAAGCUGUAAGCCGGCUCCCUCGACCAAUAAAGCGAGAUGAGCGCUGCAACCCCAGGGGUCCCUUUACCUUUAAAUCUUCUUAAACACCUGAAAAUGUAUGCUAAUACACAAAUGGAUUAAGCAUGAAUUAAUUAAACAUGAGUUUCCAGGUAAACUCAGGCUUGAAGAUGACCACCCCAGUGCCCAAAUUAUGAAUGCAGUCCAUGCCUUGGUAAUUUCGGGGCUGGAUUACUGCAACGUGCUCUUCGAGGGGCUUCCCUUGGGUCUUGUUUGAAAGCUCCAGGCGAUGCAGAAUGCAGUGGCUAGGCUGCUGAUCACAGCUUCUGGCCAAUAACAUGCGAGACCCUGGUUGAAGCAUCUGCACUGGCUGCCCAUCUACUACUGAGCCAGGUUCACAGUCCUUGUAUUAAUCUACAAAGCCCAUAACAACUUAGGCUCAGAGUCCCUUAGGAACCUUCUGAACCCUCAUAUCCCAGCUUGAUCACCAAGAUCAUCGCUGGUCAUUCCCCGAAUUGGUGAGGCUCAUUUGACAACAGCAAGGAACUGAGCCUUUAGUGUCACCGGCCUAGUCCUGUGGAACUCUCUGCCACUAUAGAUAUAGCAGGCGCCUCCUGUGCCAACUUUUGAACGCCCGCAGAAAAGUUUUCUAUUCUGCGAGGCCUUUGUAGGCAAUUAAGAAUAAAUCAUUCUGCAGUGGGUUUAUUGGUGUCUGUUUUAAAUUUUUUAAUGAUUUUUAUUAAACAGUUUUGUGUUUUUUAUUGCCGUACAGUGGUACAUCGGUUUAAGAACAGUCCGGUUUGAGAACGAUUUGAUUUACAAAUGCCGCAAAACCGGAAAUGGUGUCUUGGUUUGAGAACUUUACCUCAGUCUAAGAACGGAAUCCGAACGGUGGAAGGGCACUGGUGGCGGGAGGCCUCAUUAGGGAAAGUGCGCCUCGGUUUAAGAACGGGUUUGGUUUAAGAACGGGCUUCUGGAACGGAUUAAGUUCAUAAACUGAGGUACCACUGUAAACUAUGUUGAUUUUUUUUUUAAUGCCACAGAGGCACACACAUGUUUUUAUAACUAGAUUAAUAAUACACAAUGUAGAAGGCUGUGAAGGGGCAGCUAACGUUCCCACUUCUGUAAGCUAUUACUGUAGCUUUGGCCAGGCCAGCCCUUCAGCACCACCAGUUGCCGACCCCCAAGCACAACCAAAGGCUCAGGCCAUGGCUGUGAGCAGCUAAAGGGGAGACCCUCCCUGGGCCUCUGCUGGAGAGGAAGGGGCUACGGAGUGCUUUGCCCGUGUCUCAGGUUGCGUGGGAGGAUUCAGUGGGCAGAGCCAACGUUGCUCUGGCGGUGGCCCCCCAGAUGUUGCUGGACUCCAGCUCCCAUCAUCCCUGAUCACUUGCCAUGCUGGCUGGGGAUGAUGGGGGGGCGGUCCAGCAAGAACUCUGGACCUCGCCUUUGCUCAGUUCAAAAUGAGGCCUCUCUCAGCAGCUGAAUUGCUGAUCAGAACCCUGAGGAUGCAGAAAUAUCUGGAUCUGGUCUGCAUGGGAGAACGAAUGGUGGGUGGACCUUUGGUUUUUUGUUUUGUUUGCAAGAAAGGCAUGGACAGGUGGCCUUCUGGGAGGCGAUGAGCAGUUUUGGAUGGGGCUCCCUCGAUUCCAGAGUCAAGCAGCCGUGUGUGUGUGUGUGUGGUCUUUUUGCUAACGCUGUGCCUAUCAUUGUGGAACGUGGGGUGGCAAAUUCCCUGAUGUUCUCUCUCUCUCUCUAAUCAGCAUUUUGGUGUGUGUUUUUGAGAAACGUUGUUUUUUUGCCCCCUGCAAACUGGAUUGCAUGCUGUUCUUUCUUUCCAGUUUGGCUGGACCCAUGUGACUUUGCUAAUAGUUGUUACCCAGUCCCACCUCAUCAUUCACAACCUGUUUGAAGGAAUGAUCUGGUGAGUUGGUGCUGCUUACUGACUUUCUGCUGUGUAGCGCAGGCCGCCGGGCUGCCUUGAAGGACAAAGAACAUAGCAUGGGGACAGACCUCUUGCAUGGGGCGUCACUAGUAGGAGCAGGAAUCAAUGGGCCGCUGGCUCUUGCCUUGGGGCAACUGUUUGGGUUGGCAUGAUGAGAUCGGGAGGGGGGGGGAGUUUUCCUGGCAUUAACCAGGCAAAAAGGAGGAAUCCCAGUCUGCUUUGCUGUGCAUGCACGUGCUCUCUCUAAAUAUGAGGCAGCCACUCAGUGGGCCUUGCAGAGGAACUGCUCUCUGCUCAGCAAAAAAGCAGGUAUGCUUCGGGUAUUUUCCUGCAUGAAGCUUAAAGUCCAGCUCUUGCUUCAAUCUGAUUUGUAAGGCCAGCAUAAGACCGGUUCUGAAUUAGUAGCGCACGAGAGGCCCAGAGGCGACUUAAGCUUCUUGUCUGAAAAUGCCCUUGCAACCUGAAUUGUAUGGUCUCCAUCAUUUCUGUCCUCAGGCUGCACACCUGCUCUUUUAGGGGAGUUCAACCCCAUCCAGGACAGGGACACGGGUGGCGCUGUGGGUUAAACCACAGAGCCUAGGGCUUGCCAAUCAGAAGGUUGGCUGUUCGAAUCCCUGCGACGGGGCGAGUUCCCGUUGCUCGGUCCCUGCUCUUGCCCACCUAGCAGUUUGAAAGCACAUCAAAGUUAAAGUAGAUAAAUAGGCACCGCUCCGGCGGGAAGGUAAACGGUGUUUCGGUGCGCUGCUCUGGUUCGCCAGAAGCGGCUUAGUCAUGCUGGCCACAUGACCCGGAAGCUGUACGCCGGCUCCCUCGGCCAAUAAAGCGAGAUGAGCACCGCAGCCCCAGAGUUGGUCAUGACUGGACCUAAUGGUCAGGGGUCCCUUUACCUUUAACCCCAUCCAGGACAGGCUGCCUACUCCAUUCCCUAACAAAUUGCAAGCUGGGUGGCCUAAAUGAAGCCAGCAGCAGUUAAAAAAACUGCAAGAUCCUCUUGGGGCCCACGGUCUACUACUCCAACUCAUUCCAACUAGGAGAGGCCCAAAUGGCAAUGAGUUCCGUCACCUAAUGUGAGACCUGGUCCAUGUGUCCCAUCUUCUCCAGAUUAUCUUCUGGGAUAAUUCAGUGUAGCAGGAAUCCCCACCCCAAAUAAAUCCAUUGGCUAACCUCUCCUAACGGCUGUCUCAGAGUGAAACACUCGCAGUUGGAGGGAGAUCACUCUCAUUUUGCCAGGUGCCAGAACAAUUAAUAACCAUUCAAGCCAUGCCAGUAUGAAAGGAUAACACAUCCAGGUUCCCACAACCAGUGUCUUUCCAGCUGGCUCUCACUUUUGCAUAAAUUGUAAUUUCAUUUGUCCAGAGGAUAAGGGUGGUUUUUGGCACUUAGCAAGUAACAUGGACGCGGGUGGCGCUGUGGGUAAAACCUCAGUGCCUAGGACUUGCCAAUCGUAUGGUCGGCGGUUCGAAUCCCCGCGGCGGGGUCAGCUCCCGUCGUUUGGUCCCAGCUCCUGCCCACCUAGCAGUUCGAAGGCACGUCAAAGUGCAAGUAGAUAAAUAGGGACCGCUUUAUAGCGGGAAGGUAAACGGCGUUUCCGUGUGCGGCGCUGGUGCUGGCUCGCCAGUGCAGCUUCGUCACGCUGGCCACAUGACCCGGAAGUGUCUUCGGACGGCGCCGGCUCACGGCCUCUAGAGCGAGAUGAGCACGCAACCCUAGAGUCGGACACGACUGGCCCGUACGGGCAGGGGUACCUUUACCUUUUUAAGUAACAUGGCUGUCAAAAUACAUUUAGCGUAGCUUGUCAGUCAGCAUAGCAAAUGCAGCCACUGGCAGGAUUAUCUGUUUUUAUUUAUUUUUUUGCAGAUCAAACCAAUAUUCACACCCUUUAAGUGAAAACAUAGCAACUAAAGGCCAAACUGGGCAUGAUAUUCAGAAAUGCCAACCUUAAAAAAAUGCAUCAACAAGGGGGUUGGGAAGGCAAGCUAAUGUUGGGAUUGCAGCAAACAUGGAGAGAGAAUUUAACAAUAUCCUCCCUGCAGUAGUCCUGGAAAAAAACCCUUCCCCAAAAACUAGUAUUUGCAGGGGUUGGGGAGAAUCCCUCUGGACACUAGCAGGAAAUUUCCUUUCAGGGCAAAUUGAAGCUUCCAGCUGUAGCUUUUAGCAUCAUGUAUAGUUAGUCCCUGAAUGAUAAUGAUAACUAUCCAAGUACUUCUUGGAACCAUUAUGUAAAUUUUAUCACAGAAUGCAGAGACAGGUUUAGCACAGAAAAGCAAAAUCUAGCUUUGGCAGCUAAUAUCUUUGAAAAUAACCGAGGGGAGGGGUAUGAAAAUCCAUGCACUUGAAAGAUACUUGUGGUUUCUGAAAGCUGAAAGAUCUGCUUACCAGCAUAUAAAUUCUCAUUUAAACUGAGGUUCGAGAGAAGCUCUGGGCCCUUAACUUGCGUCAGGAGUUCUUUCUAUAAAAUGAAGUUAUGAAAGCACUAUUAGGAGUGGGAGUUUGCUGAUUGAAAUGGCGUCUGCUGGUUCAAAUGAAUGCAUUCAUCCACCCAUCAGGGGACGGGCUUCCAGAGUGCUAUUUCUAAAUUAGCAGUUAGAACUCCCUGCUGGCAAGGAGAUCUCUAGAUCUGAGCCACAGCUGUGGGCUGCUGCCCCUUGCUGUCAUCAAGUGUGUUUCUCUCCAAUCCAGACGGGUCCUUUGAGUGGCUUAUCUAGGUCUGUUUUCCUUCCCCGCUAUCUAGGUUUAUCGUCCCAAUUUCCUGCGUCAUCUGCAACGACAUCAUGGCCUACAUGUUCGGCUUCUUCUUUGGACGCACUCCGCUGAUUAAGGUUGGUUCUGGUCCCGAGAUGGAUGAACAACUCAUAGGAAAAGCUGUUUUCGGCAUUGGGUUUGAAUGCCCGCCAGGGCAUCCAGCCUGAUUGUGCUGUGUGAGUGUGUGGAGUGUGUUUGGCAGGUGCACUUCAGCACAGGAAUGUAGAGAGCUGUGUUAUACUGCAUCAGACCAUUGGUCCAUCUAGUUCAGUAUUGUCUGCACUGGCUGGCAGCAGCUGUCCAGGCUUUCAGGCAUGAGACUCUCCCAGCCCUACCUGGGUAUGCUGGGGAUGGAGCCUGGGUCCUUCUGUCUGCAAGGCAGAUGUGCAACUGACCUAUGGCCCUUCCCCAACACUAUUAAUAAAAUAACACUGGGCAACAAUUUUUUACUUUUUGAAUGUUGUCUAGAUUUCUACAACUGAUUUAGGGUAUUUUUGCACUGCUGAAUCAGGAAAUGGCAUCCGUUUCUCUCCAUCAGGUCAGGUUUUCUGUAAACUGAAUGGUGGGCAUUGACAAAGGUAAGUACACGUUAAUUGCAUGUUGCUUCACCAUUUUUCAAACUUCAGGGCUUGAACUUCCGUUUCUUGGAACUCCUGGAAUGCUCAGCAGCACGGAGGUCUCUCUUCAGAGUCCAGCAGUAGUCAGCCAUCAUGACUGCGUCCCAGCGACCCUGAUACCUGGUCUCCAUCUCUUUCACGUCCUGAUGGAAUCUCUCCCCCUGCUCGUCACUCAUUGAACCCAGGUUCUCAGGAAACCGGUCCUUAUGUGAAAAUAGGUAGUGCAUCUUGACGCUCAUGUUGCAGCCCAGGUUUCUGAAAGCAGUCAGCAUGUUGUUGACAAGUUCUGCGUAGUUUCUGACCUUAUUGUUGCCAAGAAAGUUCUUCACUACCAGAACAAAUGCCUUCCACGCUUCCAGUUCCACUUCAAUCAUUGAGUUUCCGAACUCUGGAUCUCUGAUGAGCUGACGGAUCUGAGGACCGUCAAAGAUGCCAGCUUUCAACUUCUCCAUGGUCAAUCCUGGAAAAGCCUGGCACAAGUAAGUGAAGCAGUCACCAUCCUUGUCCAGAGCCUUGGUGAACUGCUUGAUUAAGCCGAGCUUGAUGUGCAGCGGUGGGAAGAGUAUUCUGUCUCUGUCCACGAGAGGGUCGUUGAUGACGUUCCUUUCUUUGCAAGGCACCAAUUCCUCCUGCACAGGCCAGUCCUUCUUCGUGUAAUGCUGAGCAUGGUCCCUACUAUCCCACAUGCACAGAAAACAUGGGUACUUGGUGAAGCCAGACUGUUGUCCCAACAAAAAGUUCACCAUCUUCAGGUUAACACAAAUAAACCACUUAUGCUGAUCAUAAACAAUUUUCUCCAGCACAUACUUCACCACUUCAUAGUUCUUCUUCAGUGUACUCGAGUGAGCCAGGGGUAUAGAGGCAAACUGGUUGCUGUUGUGUAGCAGAACACAUUUCAGUGAUCGCUUGCUGCUGUCAAUGAACAGUCUCCAAUCUUUGGGUUCGUACUGUGGCACUCCAAGCUUGAGCAGAAGCUGUGCAAUAUCUGCACAGUACACCAAGUCCUUCUCUUCCGAGAAAAAACGGAGGUACUCUUGAUGCCUGUUGCGCAAGAAGCUGAUGCGAGCACGGUCAGAGAGGAGGUUUUUUUCCUUCAAUCUGGAUGCCAACAGUUCGGCAGAGUCCUUUGACAAGCUGAGGUCGCGAACUAGAUCAUUCAACUCCUUUUGGGAAAAUGGAUGUGGAGCAUCAUCUUUAAGAACCACUUCUUCUUCUUCAUGUCCUUCAACACUGGAGGCAUCUUCGUCACUAAUGUCAGGAAGUUCUCCGAAGAUAGGCACUGGAAUUUCAUCACAAUGAGCUACAGGACGACGUGCUGAUUGAAGAUCAGGAUACUUCGUGGGGCGGCUGCCCCAUUAACUUAGUUUUGAUCCCCCAACUUUAUGCUUUGCCACACCAAUUUAUGGAAGAUUUCGAGGUUUUAUGACUUCAAACUGAUCCCUUUUCGACAUAAUCACCCAGAACUAUCGGACCUGAAUACUUCUUGUCAUUAAAAUAAUCAUUUCCAAUCAAAACAAUUAUUUGACAAGGCAUUUUACCUCCACCAACUUCUUCUAAAAUGCUCCACACAAGCGUACAUGUGAACAAAAACGUAAAAAAAAGACAUGUGGCCAUAGCUCAAAAACUUGACCUGAUUGAGCAAAACCAAUGUGAUUUUUGGAUUCAGCGCAUCAGAUUCAUCCUAAAUCAGCUGAAAAAACGCAGACAACAAAUUUGUUGUUGACCAGUGUAAUUUAUUAUUUAUACCCCACCCACCUGGCUGGGCGGCUUCCAACAAAAUAUUAAAAUACAGUAAUGCAUCAAACAUUAAAAGCUUCCCUAAACAGGACUGCCUUCAGAUGUCUUCUAAAAGUCUGGUAGUUGUUGUUCUCUUUGACAUCUGAUGGGAGGGCCUUCCACAGGGCGGGUGCCACUACCGAGAAGGCCCUCUGCCUGGUUCCCUGUAACUUGGCUUCUUGCAGUGAGGGAACUGCCAGAAGGCCCUCGGCGCUGGACCUCAGUGUCCGGGCUGAACGAUGGGGGUGGAGAUGCUCCUUCAGAUAUACAGAACCGAGGCCGUUUAGGGCUUUAAAGGUCAGCACCAACACUUUGAAUUGUGCUCGGAAACAAAACUUAGUUUUGGGACUUCUGUCCCAUCCGAUGUGUUCAUGGAGACUCUGGUGGCUUCUGCAGCUCCUACCUUUUAACGUUCCUUACCUGUUCCUGUAUCUGCAGCUCUCCCCAAAGAAGACCUGGGAAGGCUUUAUUGGAGGGUUUUUUGCCACCGUGGUGUUCGGCCUGCUAGUAAGUUGCUUCUUUCCCUAUUAAGUUAAGAACAAAAGUCGUGUUGGGCCUCGGAGCAAGAGGCAGUGUUACCCAUAAAGCAGCCUGAUGGAGAUGGAUGGUGGAAGUCUGAGGCCUGUUGAGGGCAAUGGGCCUGCCCUACAGAGCACCGUCAUCCCACCAGGAAGUUCUCUGAAUGGUAGCCUGCGUUUGCGAAUUUGCAGUCAUCACCUGAGGCCCUUCUCCGUGUGCUCCCGGAGGGUGGCAAUACGAGAACGGGCCUUUAUAGUGGUGGCUCCCCAUUUCUGGAAUGCUCUCCCCAUGGGGGGGGGGGCUACUGGCGCCAGGCAAAAACCUUCCUCUUCGACCUGGCCUUUGCCUUUUAACUAUCUAUUGCCUUUUUCCCUGGGUGGGAUGUUUUAAUGUAGGUGGUGCUUGUUUUGCUUCAGAUAUUGUUAAGUCACUUGGAGUUGCUGUGGCAAAAAAAAAAAGAGCGACAAUUUUAAUAAUAAUAAUUCACUUCAGGAAUCCAGAACUGAAACAUCAAGUAGCUAUCCAAUAGAACAAUAUUUGGGCUCAGAGCCUGAAAGAAAUGUAGGCAAAGCAUGAGAAUAAUUCACACAUUUCAGUCAUGUCUGGUUCCCAAGGUUCCUAGCCAGGGGUCAGCAAACUUUUUCAGCAGGGGGCCGGUCCACAGUCCCUCAUACCUUGUGGGGGGCCGGACUAUAUUUUGAAGGGAAAAAAAGAUGAACGAAUUCCUAUGCCCCACAAAUAACCCAGAGAUGCAUUUUAAAUAAAAGGACACAUUCUACUCAUGUAAAAACACACUGAUUCCUGGACCGUCUGCAGGCCGGAUUUAGAAAGUGACUGGGCUGGAUCCGGCCCCCGGGCCUUAGUUUGCCUACCCAUGCUCCUAGCCAUCCAGCUGGUCCACUUAAAAUAAAUAUCUGAAGGGCUGCCACAUGGAAGACUGAGCAAGCUUGUUUUCUGCUGCUCCAGAGUGUAGGUCCUGAACGAGUGGAUUCAAAUGAGAAGAAAGGAGAUUUCAAAUAACCUUUAAGAAUACAGUGGUACCUCGGGUUACAGACGCUUCAGGUUACAGAUGCUUCAGGUUACAGACUCUGCUAACCCAGAAAUAGUACCUCGGGUUAAGAACUUUGUUUCAGGAUGAGAACAGAAAUCGUGCAGUGGCAGCGGGAGGCCCCAUUAGCUAAAAUGGUACCUCAGGUUAAGAACAGUUUCAGGUUAAGAACGGACCUCCAGAACGAAUUAAGUACUUAACCCGAGGUACCACUGUAUUCUGCUUGGAAGAGUGAUUUGACAGUGGAACAGACUUCAUUGGUUGCUGGUGGACUCUCCUUCACUGGAAGUUUUCAGAGGUCGGAUGGCCAUGUUUAGUGAAACUGGGAACCGACUUGUCUGUUCUGACUGUCGGACCCAUCUUCUUCAGGAAAUGCAAUGGCGCCCAGCACGCUUUCACUGCCCGGUGCAGAGAGUUUCUUCGGCAGCAGUGUGCCUGUGUGUUAGGAUUUAGCAUCACGGCAGUAAAACUCUUACACAUCUUCUGUUCUACGAAGCUUUAAUGUACAGCAGCAAAACAGUAAGUCAGCCAGGAGAGAGCGAUGACACGUUGCCUCUCCUUUGCAGCCAAAACAGAAAGUAAAAGUAAGUUCACCUUCGUACGUGAUGUCAUUUCCCUUGAGCUAUUAACCCUGUAAGCUCUGGGACACCUCACAGGCCACCGGUCAGGGAUUCUCUAGUUCUCAUUCCUGCUUGCAGGGGCUUGGACUAGAUGGCCCUUCCAACUCUGCUGUGAUUCAUAUCAGAGUUCCUUGGCAGUGAUUCACCUUUUGCCUCUUCCGUUUCCCCCAACCCAGCUGUCGUAUGUGAUGUCUGGAUACAGAUGCUUUGUGUGCCCCGUGGAGUUUAACAACGACACCAACAGCUUCACCGUGGACUGUGAUCCCCCUGAACUCUUCCAGCUGCAAGAAUACAACAUCCCCUUGGUGCUUCAGUCUGUCGUCGGCUGGGUAGGUAUCCAGGUUGGAGCGUUCAGGUUUGGAAAACUUCUGAGAACAUAAGGAGAGCUUGCUGGAUCAGGCCAAAGGCCCAGCCUGUCCAGCAUCUUGUUCUCAUGGUGGCCAACCAGAUACCUAUAAGCCAGGACCCCCGAGCACAAGGGAACUCCCCCCUCCUGCGUUUUCCACAACUGGUAUUCAGAAACUUUGCUGGUUCCAGCAGCCUAGCCUAGUAGUCAUUGAUAGCCGUAUCGUCCAUGAAUCUUUUAUGAAUCUCUUUUAAAGCCAUCUAGGUUAGUAGCCAUCACUUCCACUUGUGGGAGAGAGUUCCAUAGUUGAUAUCUAUGUGCUGGUGCAUGAUUUCUUUUACUAUUAUCAUUAGAUCAUUUAUAUCCCACCUUUUUCUCCAGGGAGCUCAAGGUGGUUCUCCCUCUCCUAAUUAAAUUCCGCACAACAACCCUCUUGUGGGAAUGUUCAGGGAUGCAGGAGAGGAUAUAUUGUUUGAUUAUAUCCUUUUCCAACUUGUGUUAACAAGUUCCACAAUUUAGCAGAGUAACACUCAGCUUUUUUAAACUUGGAGCGGAUGCGUUUGCUCAGGCUCGCUAAAGCCUCUAUAAUAACUGUUCUGGUAUUUUCCCCUUAUUCCCUCAUAAAAGAUAUGACACGACACAGUCUUCUAUAAAAGUAUAAAUAGAGUUUACUCACAUUCUGUUCACAAUCAGAUCCCAGGAGGCAGACUUAGCUUAGAAAAGUAACAUACAGCUGGAAACUAUCUCAUAAGGAGACAGUCCCUUUGUCCUCUCUUGGCUGAAGCCAAGAGAGCAUCUUUGGUUAAGCAGAUGUUGCUUCUUCAAUGCAUGUAGUCAAAAAGAGAGAGAUGGCUCCCCUGCCUUGUGCUUUUGUUGUUACCUGCACAGGUGAGGCCACGCCCACCUCUAGUCACAUGCAGAGGAAGUCUGUCCCAGCCCAGAAGGAAACAGGAAGUUUGCCUGCUGGCUGGACAAACAUUCCGCCCCAUGUGUAAACAUGUUCACUCUAGGAAUGUUGUACUUGACUGCUCUUGAGUUUCACAUCCCACACCUCUGAGGUAGGAUAGGCUGAGAGGCAAUGACGGACCCCUGAGCUUUAUGGCCAAGUGAGGAUUUGAACCCUGGUCUACAAGGUCCUAGUUCAACAACCUAACCAUUGUGCCGCACUGUUUUACUAAAGCGGGUGUGUGCGAUGAUUGACGGCUCCCAGCUUAUACGUUCAGCAGAAUCAAGCACAACUUUCCCUGGACUGUACCAGGGCAAGUGAGGGAGGGUCUGAAUCUACCCUACAAAAGCAAGCUCCUUCGUUGAGAAAAUGAGGACGUAUGAGAGAAAUGUUCUGCCUCUGCGUUUUGCUACAUGUGGACAUUUUGGGAAGGGGAUGUGUGCGGGGGAGAAGGAUUUGUGGGGAGCACACAUAUAUAGAUAUAGUGCUUCCUCCCCCUACAUAAUUGCGGUCCAAAAAUGGUGCAGUCCAGAAAAAAAGAACAAUUCUGCUGAACUUGUGGACACCCAAGAAAGCUGAAUGUCGGGUGAUUCAGGACAGAUGAAGGAAAAUGUUUCUGCACGCAUUGUUAAACUAGGGAACUCCCUUCCGCAGGAGACACUGACGCCAACGAACUUGGGUAGCUUUCAAAGAGGACUGGGCAAAUUCAUUUAGGAGAGAGCUCUGCUCAUGCUUCUGAAUUCCUGUUGCUGGAUAUCGCAGGAGGGAAAGAGUGUUGUUGUGCUUGAAUCCUGCAUGCAGGGUAACUGGCUGAUGAGAACAGGAUGCUGGACUAGAUAGGUUAUCCUUACGUUCUUACACUGGUUUGACAUCAUCUGAUAGGAAGUGGCUACAGAGGGUGGUGAAUACAGCAUAAGAUAUUAUGGGCUGUCCCGUGAAUCCGCUGGAUGAAAUAGCGGAAGAACGUUGCCUCAGGAGAGUGAGGAAAAUUCUCAGAGAUGAUUCACACCCUGGCCGGCACUUUCUUGAUCUCCUGCCCUCAGGCAGAAGAUAUAGAAGCAUGAUUAGUUGCACCAACAGGGUAAAGAACAGCUUCUAUCCAUGGGCUGUUAGGCUGCUGAAUGAAAAGAUAACAACAGGGCAACUGACUUUUGGGUUUGGUGGGUGUGCGUCAGUAAACAAGGGGAAAUUAAGGCUAAGAGAGCUGAGUGGGGUUGCUUGUGUAAUCUCACUGUAUACAAGUUGUACAAGUGACAAUAAAGUAUUUCCAUUUCAAUUUAAAGUCAGUCGUAAGACUGCGAGUAUAAUAGGCAGGAUUUGCAGAGCUGUUUUCCAGCUCACCUACCCGCCGGUGUGAGGUUCUGGCAUGGCAGAGCUUCUUCAACUGACAAUGACCCCCCAUCCCCUUCUCCUUUAUCCAGAAAACAGUUCGGAUGUACCCCUUCCAGAUCCACAGCAUUGCACUCUCGACUUUCGCCUCCCUCAUCGGUCCCUUCGGAGGGUUUUUUGCCAGCGGAUUUAAAAGAGCUUUCAAGAUCAAGGUAUGGCACAGCUGGAAAGGGAGGUGGCCUUGAAAGUGCAUGGUCAGGAUGGCAGGUCUAUCAAACCCACUUCAGUUCUAAUAAAACGUUCCCUGGAAUAUAUUUGUUAUCACUAUAUUUCUCUGUAUCCUGCCUUUUCCCCCAGACUCAAGGCAGCUUACACAGAUUAAAACAACACAGAUAAAGUACAAAAAAGCUAAAAACAUGUAAAAUAUUAUUUUUAAAGUAAUUAAAACUCUAAUGGAAUAGUUAUCUAGAUAUUAUAUUAUGCCCCACUUUUAUUAUCUACACAUCAAAAUGUCUUGCAGUGAUAAAAUGUACAGUUUACAAAACUUAAAACUGUUUUUACUGUAUAUGUAAAUUUACAGGGGUUUUUUCUAUAAAACAAUUAAAUGUUUAUAUAAAAUAUAGGAGCUCGAUUUCAAAAACAGAAAUCCUUCUCCUGAAAGUCUGGGUUAGUAAACAAGAAGUGAAACAAUUUAGAUUCCAUAACUUCCAGUGGGGUGUGAACAGACUCAGGACUCUUUGUUUGGUAGGGGCUGAUGGGGUUGGAAAUUAGUGAUGAUCUUUUCCUCCUCCCUGUUUCCUGGUGUCAAGAGGGCAGGUGGGUUUGGAUCAGGAAUCCCCUCCACCUGCCAGGGCAUACACACACUCUACUUUUCUCCCUCAAUUGCGCAGGACUUUGCCAACACCAUCCCAGGGCACGGAGGCAUCAUGGAUCGGUUCGACUGCCAGUACUUGAUGGCCACCUUUGUGAACGUAUACAUUGCAAGCUUUAUCAGGUGAGAUGAUGGUUUGGUUUGGUUUGGUUUGGUUUGGUUUGGUUUGGUUUGGUUUGUUUGCGGGUCGCACCAUCAAUCCUUGGGUUCUCUUUUUCUCAAAGUACAGUGGUACCUCGGGUUAAGUACUUAUUUUGUUCUGGAGGUCCGUUCUUAACCUGAAACUGUUCUUAACCUGAAGCACCACUUUAGCUAAUGGGACCUCCCGCUGCCACGUGAUUUCUGUUCCCAUCCUGAAGCAAAGUUCUUAACCCGAGGUACUAUUUCUGGGUCAGCAGAGUCUGUAACCUGAAGCGUAUGUAACCUGAAGCGUAUGUAACCCGAGGUACCACUGUAUAUGUUUAUUGGCUUUUGAAAAUGCAGCUGUAAAAAGGCAAAGAGAUGUACAGCUCAUUAAAAAUAGAACAAAGAACCACAACUGUGACUGAACGGAGUACAGAGGUUUUUUACAACAUCAUCGAUAUUAAGAAAUAAACAUGGAGUGAUGGGUCAGAGUGAAAUCAGAACAGAAGCCAUUAGUAAGAGAAUUAAUGGGUUGGGGAAGGGAGCAGUCAGAAACAGGUCUAGGCUAGGCAAAAGAAAUAUCCAUCAAGAGAAAGGCAAAUAUCCCUCCAGAGCUAUGCGUGAGUCAUUGGAGGUUUGUAUAAUACGCUCUUAUUGCUUAUAAAAGUUACAAAUGACUAUCUUGAAUGGGUCUGGUUCAGCCAAACCUCAGUUGACUCUGGGACGGUGAAUCAAAUAUUCUGACGGUGCAAUUUUCCCACACCAUCUCUCAUAAUCCUUGUGUUCUCAGUUCAGAGGAUAGGAGGGUGGAGAGAAUGUGAGGCUGGGAUCAAAGGGAUUCCUCGCUCAGUGGAGAGUCUGACGGUGGAAUUGAAAGGAAGACUCACCUUAGCCAUUAAUCCCAGUAGCAACAUAAAACAAGGCAUGGGUCUACAGCAGGGUUUUCCAAUCCUGGGUAUCCAGCUGCUUUUGGACUACAACUCCCAUCAUCCCUAGCCAGCAGUACCAGUGUCAGGGAUGGUGGGAACUGUAGUCCAGCUGGCAACCCAAGUUUGGGAAACCCUGGUCUGUGGGAAGCCUCCCCUUCCAAACGUUCCCAGCCUGGUGAGGUAACAUGAUUGCCUUAUUCUUCUUCACUAGAGAGCCAGUGUGGUGUAGUGGUUAAGAGCAGUAGUCUCGUAAUCUGGUGAACCGGGUUCGCGUCUCCGCUCCUCCACAUGCAGCUGCUGGGUGACCUUGGGCUAGUCACACUUCUCUGAAGUCUCUCAGCCCCACUCACCUCACAGAGUGUUUGUUGUGGGGGAGGAAGGGAAAGGAGAAUGUUAGCCGCUUUGAGACUCCUUCGGGUAGUGAUAAAGCGGGAUAUCAAAUCCAAACUCUUCUCUUCUUCUCACUCCAGGGGUCCUAAUCCGAGCAAGCUGAUCCAGCAGCUGCUAACUCUGCGACCAGAUCAGCAGCUGAACAUCUUCAACACGCUAAAGGCCCACCUGGUGGACAAGGGCAUGCUGGCUGGCUCUGAGGAUGCGUAG